CUGACUGGUAGGGAUUACUGGAAAGUCCACCUGGUGGCCCCUUAGCUGUGGGCUGGCCAUACAGGUGGGAGGAUCAGGGCAGUUCACUCUAAGCUCAGGUUACAGGUAAAGGGAGCUCUUCCAAUCUCAGUAGAGGCUCUAGAGCAAUAUUGGUGCUGAGCGAACAGGCUGCAGGUAAGAAAUACGGUUUGGAGAAUUUUUGUUUCCCUGUGUUAUUUUGUUUUUUUUUAAGGCAGGACCCCCCUUGACGAGAGAUUGACACCUUCACUGAAUUCUUUAGAAAUGUCCAAACCCAAAUAGGAUCAACACAGGUUAAGCAUAUCUUGUUGGACACAGAAGAUUUCACAGUUUCCAUAUCUUGUGCUGAUUGUACGUUUCGCCUCCUUGAUCUCUCGCACUUUAUGGCAUAAUAAAAAUAAUCCUAGGAAUAAUGAGAUUAUGUUGUGUGUAAUAAAGAAAGGCUGCUACUUACAUACCCAGAGAUUCGCAGUGUUUUGGAUUCUGAUUGAGAGAUUAUCAUUUACCUCAGUUUAGAAAAUUAUUGGAACACGCAUUUGUCAGAACCUGGGUGUUGUCUUGUUUGAAGGAGCUUGCAAUCCAUUUUUUUCAGCCAAAAGCUCACAAGAACUGUUUGCUUAAGGUUAAAGCAGCUGUGAGAGAAAUGACAGCUUAGUCACCAGGUCAUAGUCGGUGUCACUACUGACUGAGAUCAUCGUUUUUCUCAAAGCUGCGUACAUAUGCUACGUCUACUUGGUUAUUGUUUUUUGAGUGUAUUUUUUGUAUAUUUUAUUUGUUUAAUACCUCUUCCACGUUGAUCUGAAAAAUGCUGGAAUGGAGAUUAGCAUACAAUGUAUAUAAAAUUAUGUUUUGAUCAAUUUAUAGAAACCGAGCAACAACGACAAUGAUUUCUAGGUUGAAAAAUCAGUUUGUUGGGCUGUGUUUAAUUUAGAAAAUACUGCAGUCUUUGCCUUCUAAUAUUAUCUAAUAUUUCCAUCUGUGUUUAUAGUUAUUAUAUACAGACACAAGUAUCGCUGUCGUUGUAAAAAGUAUUAUAAAAGUGGGACAGCAGCAGUUGGACCCUGGGUUCCCACAUUCAGGGCGAUGGUGUCUUGUAUGUUUAGGGACAAACUCUGUUUUUACCAUUGUAGAUCAUGCAUAUUAGCUCUGGUUGACACCCAAUGUCACUGGAACCAAUGCAAGGACCUCCACCCUCCGCAGGGUUGAACAUAUCCCCAGGCAGCUGCUUCACAUAAUGGGAUAAAGUAUUCUUACAGCUCUGUACAUAUAGAAUAGCAGGAAACACGAUUGUUUUAAAACGUUUCUGUAAUUUGUAUUUUUUAAAGAUUUUUUUCAUUCGUUAUGCACUCUAUAUUUUAAUGAUUAUACACCCCUCAUAGCCACUUGCAUUUAAUUAUAUUUAUUAAUAUUUUUCUUCCCUGAAUAUCAAUACCCGGGGGCAGCCAUUUUGUGCACUGAUGGAUUGUGGGUAGAUUUGAUUGGUAACUGAAACAAAACCUUGCUUUAAGCUCCGCCUUUUCUCGCGUUUAUUUUUUCUCGACUUCACUGCUAUAUGUUAGCAAAUUAGACCCUGCUUUUCCAUUUGUGUUUUAUGAACGAGAUCGCUAUGGAAACAGAUUCGGACGCAGGGAGCUACACAGACGCAGAUUAGAUUAACUUUAUGUAUGGUGACACCGCCAUUUUAAUUCUUAGUUGGCUUUUUAAAGUUGUUUAUUAUGUUCACUAUGUUCAUAUGAUAUUAUAAAUGAUAUUAUAAAUCAGUUUUUUUGCUAGUUUCUGAGUAAAUCUUGGGGUCUGAAUGUUAUUAUUUCAAAAAAUAAUAAUUUUAUUAUGCUUCGAAGGAUGAGAGUCUGAGAUGACUUUGCUGGUAACUUGUGGCUUCAUAUAUCGCAGUUAGACCCCUGCGCUCUGAGUGUCAUAGAUCCCAUUUAAAACGUGCAUGGUAAUUCUAACUAUUGUUAAACAAUGAUCGCCUCCAUACGUCCUCUACUAUGGCUUCGAUUUGUGAAGGAGAUCUACAGAUCCCGAUAAUCAGAUAAUUGAUCAGUUCUCGUCUAUGUAUUGUUGGCCAUGCACAUUAGGAGGGCGCUGGGGAUUGCAUACUGCAGGUACAGCGUAAGUUAACUGUAGGAAGAAUGAAAAGAUUCUGGAUUUCUGUCAUGGCUGACUGGGGGUGCUCAUCUUGUGCCGCUCGAUCUUUCGCAGCCAGUCAUACAGAAUCCAGCUUCCAAUGAUUUGCCAUGCAGAGCGAGGAUUGGUAACUCUGCACAUGCACACGAACGCCAUUCAGCCCAGCCGAAUGACAGAUGUUUCUGACACCUGUCAAUCACUAAUAGACCAGUCUUGCCUUAGUUGCCCUAUUGUGGUAUUCUGAUCGUCUUGCAUGUUUUGUUCCUUAAUCUUCUCUUACUAAUUCUUGCUAGUUUAUCAUUGACUCUGAUUUACGAUGUCCCUUGACCUGGCUUGGCAUUUUUGUUUAUUCUACUUUCUAGCUGUCUUGACCUUGGCUAUCCCACUAUCAGGUUCACAAUUUGUUGCUUGAUUACACGCAAUCUGUAUGAUUUAUUUAGAAAUAUCAAACCCAGGUCUCCAUAGAACUGACAGAGAGUUAAUACACCAUUAAUCAGUCAAUUAACUUUAUGCAUCUUUAAGAAAUGCACUAUUAAUCUGAAUUCCCAAUGUGUCUGUGGCCCCCCCACGGCUGUACUUCAGAGGCUCAGAUUUAGGCUCCUGUGUAUUCAGUUAAACUGAUUUAUAUUUCAGAUGUUUGCACAAACAAAUGUCAGCAGUACGGUACAGUACGGUAAAUUGUAUCAGAGAUUUACAUUUUACUUCGACAAACUUGCACAAGCCAAAUGGCCUUCCAAAAUAAUCAAUUGCAUUAUCAAGAACCGGUUAAUCCACUAAAGUAAGAAUUCAAAGUGAAUUUUAAAUGCAAGGCCAUAACAGAAAACUGGAUAAAUUCUAGUUAGUUAUGCUUUCAGACUGGCUACUUUAGCUUUAACCCCUUAAGGACACAUGACAUGUGUGACAUGUCAUGGUUCCGUUUUAUUCCAGAAGUUUGGUUCUUAAGGGGUUAAAGGAACACCAGUCACCAAAACAACUUUAUCUUAAUAAAGCAGUUUUGGUGUAUAUAUCAUGCCUCUGAAGUCUCACUGCUCAAGUCACUGCUAUUUAGGAGUUAAAUCACUUUUGUUUGUUUAUGCAGCCCUAGCCACGCCUCCCCUGGCUGUGACUGACACAGCCUGCAUGAAAACAAAAUGGUUUCAUUUUCGAUCAGAAGUAACUUACUUGAAAGGUUUUUAACUCCUGCUCUGAAAAUUGAAUGUUAAUUACAUAUAGGGGGCUUCUGCAGGGUCUAGCAAGCUAACGACGCAGGAGAUAAGAAUUGCAAAAUUAAACAGAAUUUGCAAUAAAGGAAGCGUAAACAUUAGAUGACUCUUUACAGAGUUUAGGAAGGCUGUUCAAGUAAACAAAGUGAUUUAUCUCAUAAAUGGCAGAGAAUUGAGCAGUUAGACUGCAGGACCAUGAUCUAUAGACAAAGAUAGCUUAAUUAAGCUAAAGUUGUUUUAAUGACUAUAGUGUCCUUUUAAAUUUGAGAUUCGGUUUGAAUUCACACUUUAGUAAAUAUGUCUGUAAAUGUCACCUUACUACUCUUUAUUGUUUACUGUAUUGUAUAUUGAUUAUAAACACCAAGUACUAAUAAUGUCUAAAUCAGAGCAAAUUCUUGCCAUAAGUUAUUUUCAUUCAGAGAGAGUUAAAGGGCACAGGAAGCCCCCCUCCUCCCCCUUCACCCCAAAUAUUCUUCUUAUUAAAAAUAUUAUGGUUAUCACAUUAUUGAAUAAUAUGGGUGACUUUACCCUCUGGGCUUAAAGGGGAUUCUAUGGAGUAAGGAAUACAAAGUUGCUGGGCUGGGUCCUCCUCCACCUACAACGUCAUACGAUGGGGGGGCUAAUGCACAUGUGCAGUGAGCGACUUAGGCCGUCCCCAUAAGAAAGUAUUGAAUCAUAGAUUUGUUAUGGGGACUUCACUGACGCUGGAUGUUCUCAUGCAGAGCUUGAGGACGUCCAGCAUCAGUUAGGUUACCACAAGUCGCUUAGUAAGCAGGAAGUGCCUUAAGUGGCUGUCUGAUUGACAGCCACUAGAGGCAGUCUUAGUCCUGCAAUGUAAUCAUUGCAGUUUUGCUACAACUGCAAUAAUUUACAUAGCAGGAGUAAGUGGAGCAGGGACACUGCACCAGAGCACUUCUAUAGUGUCCCUUUAAUGAUGCCAGCCUGCAAAUGGUCUUACUUCAGAAAUGCCACGGACACGUCCAAUAACGCUCACAAAUAUAGUGAUGGUUCCAACAAACCCAGAUUGCCAGGAGACAGACUCAGAUCUGCAAAACUCUGAUUGGCUGCUCAGUUCCUAUUCAUAACACUGGCAUGCCCAUACAGGCUCUGCUAAUGUUUUUGACAUAGACACAAGAAACCUUUCCAAAAAAAUGGCGCAGUUUAUACCGUCCGUGACACAGUUUGGCUUAUUCAGUAAAUCUGAUGUGGUUGAGAAUUGAAAACGGGGAUGGGAAAUUUUAAACUAAAUACAAGCUGAGUUGAAUAAUUUUACUAAAUAUGCAGUUUUGUCCUUUAAUUUAUUAAAGCCAUGUCAGCUGUCAGAUAAGUGAAUAACUCCGCGUUAAUAUGCAUGUUGUUUCCACUUUAAAUGCGUGAGGAAUUCUAAAAUCCACAAAGUAAAAUACUAAAUCCAAUCUGCUACUUUUAUACAUUAAAAAAUAACCUUUUAGCACUCAGUAGGGACUGAGAAAUGUGGCCACAGGCACAAUAUUUUCUGUCGAAUCUUUAUAUUGAUUUUCCAUUUGCUCCAGGCUCCCUCCCCAUCAGGGUGUUCCCUGCACUGUACUCCGAUGUCUUGUAGAGGGUAGCAGGAUUUGCUAUAGCCAAGCCCAGCAUGGUCUGGCACAGCCAGGUGGACUUUAUAUGCAUUUUUUUUUUGAGUAAACAAUCCCCCCCCCCACCUGAGGUGACGUUAUGCCUGUUCUUUGUUAAAUAGGAAUUCAUGGUAACUGUUGUUAGGACGGCCGUCUCCUCUGUCACAGUCGGAGAAGUGAAAGCAGAUUUUGGUCUUAAAAUGUUAAAGUGGUGAAAACGCUGGUAUAAAGGGAUUUGUUAAUAAGUUAACUUUCUGGGCCUGAGAAAUGCCUACAUUGUAACUUAUCAACAGCAAGCACACAAUGUUGUUAUCCAUUAACCCCGUAUGCCAUGGAUUGUAACAUAACACAUGAGAGAAUACAUCUUUAACCCCUGAAUAUGGAGAGACAUCAUGGGUAAAUAUAUAUAUAUAUAGAGAGAGAGAGAGAGAGAGAGAGAGAGAGAGAUACAUCCACACACACAUUGAAUUUAUUUGGGUUUAUACCCCCAUUGAGAUAAACUUUAAAUGCUGUUUUUUUAAAUCAACUGCCAUUAACCUCUUAAGGACACAACUUCUGGAAUAAAAGGGAAUCGUGAUGGAAUAUUUCCGUCAUGUGUCCUUAAGGGGUUAAUGUGUUCUUGGGUUGGUAGCAGCAUAGCACCACGCUUGGCAAUGCGGGUGUUUAGCAGAGCACUGCUAAUGGCAGAGAUUAGGAUUAUAGUUAGGUUAACGCUGAGGGAGUCUGUGGCUUUAUGGGUAGUUAGAGUUAGGGACCUUAGACGGCUCUUAGGGACCGAGGUGAUCUAGAUAUAGGGAGGACAAAAGCUAAAAGGAUACUUGUAAAUACUGGCUGAGAGUCACAGGCGUUACAGUUCACAACAGUUUAAAGGCAGGUCCCCUUUAAUUACUAAGUAAUAUGACUACUUAUACCGUAUACUUUCCAAAUAUAUAUAUAUAUAUGUGAAAAAUAAAAAGUUGAAUGUAGAAUUCAACAUAUCUUUACCCUGUAACUGGGCGCCUUCCAUCUUGACUCCCAGUCAGUCAUUGUUAUAAGUUCUGUCCUUUGCACCUGGCAGUCAGCAGAGAGAGAGCAUACAGAGAAAAGGAGGAAUGAAACAAUGUUAAUAUUUUUCCUCCUCAUUUGCAUUGAGUGCCCUAGCAAUAUAUGAAUGUAGCUGGGUGUAUAUAUCCGUGCUAAAAUUAACUAAGUGAAUAUAUAGGUAUCAAGGUUGGCUGGGUGUAUGUGUAAGUAAUACAAUUAGCUGAGUUUAUAUAUAGGUAUUGAGAUUAGCUGGGUGUAUAUAUAUUUUUACUAAGAUUAUCUGGGUGUAUAAAUUUGUACUGAGAUUAGCUCAGUAUAUAUAUAUAUACACACAUACAUUUUGUGUUUCUGUGUAUAUUGACAAUGGCGAGAAGAUUCAGCUCCACCAAUGCAUUUUCCCAGAUGGUAAAAAAAUAUUGAGGAUGCCCAAAUUUUGUCCAUAUGUUGCUUCAGCUCGGCAGAAUUUUCUAACUGAGAUAUAAAAUAAUGUAUAUAUUUUGCAGUACACUGAUAGGAACAUUUUGUUGCCAUUUGGUCACACAUCAAAUGAGAAAAAGUAACAAAUAGAGAGGAAAACAGGAGGAUUAGUAAAACUAUCUUUUAUAAAUUAUAUACUUAAUAAACAUGUACAGUAUCUCACAAAAGUGAGUACACCCCUCCCAUUUUUAUAAAUAUUUUGUAAACACUGACUAAAUGACACUGCUACAAUGUAAAGUAGUAAGUGUACAGCCUGUAUAACAGUGUAAAUUUACUGUCCCCUCAAAAUAACUCAACACACAGCCAUUAAUGUCUAAACCGUUGGCAACAAAAGUGAGUACACCCCUAAGUGGAAAUGUCCAAACUGGGCCCAAUUAGCCAUUUUCCCUCCCUGGUGCCAUUUGACUCGUUAGUGUUACAAGGCCUCAGGUCGAAUGGGGAGCAGGUGUGUUAAAUUUGGUGUUAUCGCUCUGUUACUCUCUCAUACUGGUCACUGUAAGUUCAACAUGGCACCUCAUGGCAAAGAACUCUCUGAGGAUCUGAAAAAAAAAGAAUUGUUGCUCUACAUAAAGGUGGCCUACGCUAUAAGAAGAUUGCCAAGACCCCGAAACUGAGCUGCAGCACGGUGGGCAAGACCAUACAGCGGUUUCACAUGACAGGUUCGCCAUGGUCGACCAAAGAAGUUGAGUGCACAUGCUCAGCGUCUUAUCCAGAGGUUGUCUUUGGGAAAUAGACGUAUGAGUGCUGCCAGCAUUGCUGCAGUGGUUGAAAGGGUUGGGGGUCAGACAAUACGACGCACACUGCAUCAAAUUGGUCUGUAUGGCUGUCAUCCCAGAAGGCAGCCUCUUCUACAGAUUAUACACAAGAAAGCCCACAAACAGUUUGCUGAAGACAAGCAGACUAAGGACAUGGAUUACUGGAACCAUGUCCUGUGGUCCGAUGAGACCAAGAUAAACUUAUUUGGUUCAGAUGGUGUCAAGCGUGUGUGGCGGCAACCAGGUGAGGAGUACAAAGACAAGUGUGUCUUGUCUACAGUCAUGCAUGGUGGUGGGAGUAUCAUGGUCUGGGCCUGCAGUAGUGCUGCCGGCACUGGGCAGCUACAGUUCAUUGAGGGAACCAUGAAUGCCAACAUGUACUGUGACAUACUGAAGCAGAGCAUGAUCCUCUCCCUUCGGAGACUGGGCCGCAGGGUAGUAUUCCAACAUGAUAACGACCCCAAACACACCUCCAAGACGACCAUUGCCUUACUAAAGAAGCUGACAGUAAAGGUGAUGGUCUGGCCAAGCAGGUCUCCAUUCCUAAUCCCUAUUGAGCAUCUGUGGGGCAUCCUCAAAAGGAAGCUGGGGGAGCACAAGGCCUCUAAUAUCCACCAGCUCCCUGAUGUCGUCAUGGAGGAGCGGAAGAGGACUCCAGUGGCAGCAUGUGAAGCUCUGAUGAACUCCAUGCCCAUGAGGGUUAAGGCAGUGCUGGAAAAUAAUGGUGACAACACAAAUAUUGACACUUUGGGCCCAAUUUGGACAUUUCCACUUACUCACUUUUGUUGCCAACGGUUUAGACAUUAAUGGCUGUGUGUUGAGUUAUUUUGAGGGGACAGUAAAUUCACACUGUUAUACAGGCUGUACACUUACUACUUUACAUUGUAGUAGAGUGUCAUUCCUUCAGAGUUGUCACAUGAAAAGAUAUAAUAAAAUAUUUAGAAAAAUGUGAGGGGUGUGCUCACUUUUGUGAAAUACCGUAUAUUGAUUUUCUUUCCAUUUUUCCCUCUCUUGGUCACUUGAUCAGUGAAUGAAUUCCGUAUUUAGUGACUGUCCCCUUGCUAACAAUCAUCUGUUUUUGGUGCCGUGGAAUCCCGAAUCACAGCCACGAUUAUCAUGUUUGCCCUGCUUGCUUUGGUUGGUGUCACUUGGGUACAUUUGGCUUCCAGUCCUGUGUCUAUAGAUGUAUCGUGAGUUGUAUAUAAACACUGCACGUGUGUUUACACAGAUUGGUGUUAUGGGAUGUUUCUGUACAUUUGGGUAAAGCGUGGUGUUAAUACACAUGGUGUUUAUAUGUGAGCAUAUAGAGUAUUGCUUUAACCUAUUAAUCCCUAAUUAUUUCUCUAUAAGGGACAUUGUUAAUGCAACGUUACAUUGACUUAUUUUAGCUUAUGAUUUGGGUGUGUCAGAUACUCAUUGGUAUAUAUCUGUAACAAUAGAACAUUAUGCAGAGAGACACGCAGUGAAAUACAGAGAGACAUGCUGUAAGGCAUACAGUGAGAUACAGUGUGACAUGCUGUGAGACACAUAGUGUGACAUACAGUGAGAGAUGCUGUGAGACAUCCAGUGAGACAUACUGUGAGAUAUAGUGAACCUCAUUGGGACAUACAGUGAAACAUGCAGUGAGAUGCAGUAUAUGGUGUAUGUCUCUGACCACAUGGCAGAGCCCCCUUUAAAACACCCUGCUGGGAGGGGCAUAACACAGCAAUCCAAUCAGAGAAGACAUAGAGCUCUGAAAUAAUGGCUCUGUGGGGGAGGGGUAGAGACCGACCUAUAGCAGCAGAGCUAUUUAAAGGGCUCCCUGAACUUAUAAAUACAGGGGCCACAUAAAUAUAGCGUACAUAUAUUUUUCCAUCAUUGGAAUGACAGCACUUUUUAAAAUAAAUCUCUAAACUGCGGAUAGUCACAUUUUAAAGAUAAAAUCAUUUCAGUUCAAUUCCAUACAGCCAGAAGCCUCUUAAAGGGACACUAUAGGCACCCAGACUAUUACAUCUCACUGAAUGGUCUGGGUACAUUGUCCCUCUCCCACUUAGUCCUGCAAUGUAAAACUUUAGGGACUGCCACCAUAGGCGUUUCUUGAAUUCUAACAGACUCUGAGUCCCUUAAGCGAUACUGGACGUCCUCACGCAUCAGUGAAAUGUGUAUCAGUGAAAUCAGCAAUGAAAAGUAUUCAGCUUUCCUAUGGGAGGGCCUAAUGCACAUGUGGCGUUCACUGCGCAUGUGCAUAAGGUCCCCCCAUCGGAUGACGUUGGGGAAGGCGGAGCGUCAACCCAGUGCUGAGGGAGAUCACAGAUGGAAUUGUGCAAGUGACCAAAGGGUUUUUUAACUCUUUAUCUGCCAGAGAAGGGGACAGAAGGGAAGGGGGUCCAGAUGGCUCAAUAGUGUUAGGAAUACAGGUUUGUGCUCCUAACACUAUAGAAUCCCUUUAACUACAUAAAUGCUAGACUUGUGCUCUGAGGAUUCGUUUGAAUACAUUUGUCUGAAAAAAAAAAAAUUAGGUGUGAAGCAGGAUUUAUCCAUAUGGCAUUUUGUUUUAGAAUAAUUUUGUCGAUGUGAACAUUUUAGAAAAAAACAUUUCAGACAACCCAAUCGACCAAUCAGUGUACUGCUAAAUAUUAAUAUUACGUAUCUAUUUUGCAGUAAAAUGAUAAAUAAUGUCUUUCUUUACCACUAACGUGAUGCCAUUGCUAGCCUGAAGAACCACAAUGUAUCUUGGAAUAUGUAGUUCUAUAAUAGGAAGGGAUGUACCUUAAUUGACAAAAAAACAGGCAGCCUUCAUCUGGCAAGGAAAGGGUUUGCUGUUUGGCAGAGCCGCACCCUGAGCUUUGAUUGUGACAGAGGUUGUACUCAAAUAACAGGAUGUAGAACCAGGGAACUGAUUCUCACAGUGUUAUUCGAUAAAUUGCAAACUAUCAGGAAUGCAAAGUCAAUUCAAUGUAACAAACUGGAAGCACAGCUCAUUUAGAGAAUUGUUUUAUUUUGGAUUUUCUGACCCACAAUUUAAAACUCCCUUUUAAUGUAUAUUUUGGUGAAUAACAGUGUGUCUCUUGUUUGUAAUACGGUUACGAUAGAUACACAGGGAAAAGGAUAUCCAACAAGUAUCACUGCUGAUUUUGCAACCACUUCUAAACAUUGUAAGUAACUAAAAUGAGAAUUCAUUGAGAAUUUUAAAUUUAAGGUCAAAAUAGCUACUAAACUUCAAAAAGUCAGCUAUGCUUUAAGUUUGAUUGCUCUGGCCUUAACUUUGAAAUUCGUUUUGAAUUCACUGUGAAUCCUCACCUUAGUGAAUAAUCCUGGUAUUUACUAAACCAUGAAUUGCAGGGAAUUAACAGCGGAGUUUAACAAUAACAGGAUUAUUCAGUAAGUAAAGUGUAAACUGUAGAGAAUUCACCGGGAAUUCAAAGUGAAGUUAGAUAUCGAAUGGAUUUAAUUCCCUUCUUGUGAUGCUCAGCUUAAUAUUAUGGAAAACCUGUCCACAAACGUGACGUGCCACAGUAUUCCUCAUUACUAGUGACCACCUUUCCCAUGAUGUCUGAGGACUAUACUUCCCAUAAUGCUCAUCCACGAGUCAUGAGUGGGAAACAUUUGGGAUAUUUUAAAGAGUAGUUGGGGGCGCCAAAAAUAAUCUUCACCCAGAUGCCAAAUGGUCUUACUGAUUUGAGUUCAGUUUAAAGGGACACUAUAGUCACCAGAACAACUACAGCUUAAUGUACGGUAUACAGCUUAAUGUACAGUAUACAGCGUGAUGUACAGUAUACAGCGUAAUGUACAAUAUACAGCGUAAUGUACACUAUACAGCGUAAUGUACGGUAUUCAGCUUAAUGUAUAGUGUAUAGUUUAAUGUACGGUAUACAGCUUAAUGUACAGUAUACAGCGUAAUGUACAGUAUACAGCGUAAUGUACACUAUACAGCGUAAUGUACGGUAUUCAGCUUAAUGUAUAGUGUAUAGUUUAAUGUACGGUAUACAGCUUAAUGUAUAGUAUGCAGCUUAAUGUACGGUAUACAGCUUAAUGUACAGUAUGCACCGUAAUGUAUAGUAUACAGCUUAAUGUACGGUAUACAGCUUAAUGUAUAGUAUACAGCUUAAUGUACAGUAUACAGCUUAAUGUACGGUAUACAACUUAAUGUACGUUAUACAGCGUAAUGUAUAGUAUACAGCUUAAUGUACGGUAUACAGCUUAAUAUACAGUAUACAGCUUAAUGUAUAGUAUACAGCUUACUCUACGGUAUACAGCUUAAUGUAUAGUAUAUAGCUUAAUGUACGAUAUACCUCUUAAUGUAUAGUAUACAGCUUAAUGUAUAGUAUACAGCUUACUCUACGGUAUGCAGCUUAAUGUAUAGUAUACAGCUUAAUGUACAGUAUACAGCUUAAUGUAUAGUAUACAGCUUAAUAUAGGGUUCUGGAGUUUAUACCAUGUCCCUGCAGGCUUUUUAAUAUAAACACUGCCUAUUGAGAAAAAGAGAAAAUACAGUGUGUACAUUACUGCCUAGUGACACCUCAGAUACUAGUAGCAGUCAGUCAGAUACUCUGCAUGGAGACACUGAUCGCGCCACAUUGAUUUAAUGCAUCUCUGUGAGGAGAUGCUGAUUGGCGCAGCGUGGUGUUUUACCACGCAUGCGCAAUAGCCUCCCAAUGCUUUCCUAUGAGAGAUUGGCUGCGAUUUUCAAAUUUGAUAAUCCUAGCCAAGGAAGUGGAGCGGGCACUGACAAAAAGGUGAGUUUAACACCUUUUUAAACUAAGGAGAAAUGGGGCAGUCACCUAAACGGCAAUUUAAAAACUAUAGUGUCCGUAAUACAUACUUGUGUUCCUGACACUAUAGUGUUCCUUUGUAUUUUAACAUAUUAUAUUCAUUCUAAGGAACCUAGAUAAGGAUUAACCAGGAGCUAAUAGCAGGGUCAUAAAAAGGGUUAUAAAUUCUUGUGAUAUAUAGCUAACCCGAUGAGUGAUUUGCGGGAUCUACACAGAACCUUAAUUGACAGGGUUAAUCACUAAAGUGGGAAUUCAAAGUGAAUUUCAAAAUUAAAGGGACACUAGAGUCACCUAAACAACUUUAGCUUAAUGAAGCAGUAUUAGUGUAUAGAUCAUACACAGGUUUCACUGCUCAAUUCACUGCUAUUUAGGAGUUAAUUCACUUUGUUUCUGUUUAUGCAGCCCUUGUCACACCUCCCCAGGCUCUGAUUGACACAGCUUGCAUGAAAAAAAACUUGUUUCACUUUCGAUCAGAUGUAAUUUACCUCAAACAAUUGUAUCUCUUUCUCUGUAUAUUGAACUUUAAACACAUACAGGAGUCUCUUGCAGGCUCUAGCAAGCUAUUAACAUAGCAGGGGAUAAGAAAAUCUACAUUAAACAGAACUUGCAAUAAAGGAAGGAUAAACUUUAGUGGACUCUUUACAGGAAGUGUUUAGAAAGGCUGUGUAAGUCACAUGCAGGGAGGUGUGACUUGGGUUCAUAAACAAAGUGAUUCAACUCCUAAGUGGCAGAGAAUUGAGCAGUGAGGCUGCAGGGACAUGAUCUAUACACCAAAACUGCUUCAUUAAGCUAAAGUUGUUUUGGUGACUAUAGUAUCCCUUUAAGUUCAAAAUAGCCAAAUGGUCAGCAAAUUCACUUUGAAUUGUCACUUUAGUAAAUUACCCUGUCAAUUUUCUACGCUAUUUUUCAAUGUUCUCAGUCUUCAAAGAAAUGAGCUUCUACCAGACUGGUUCAACUAGUCUCUGCCACUGCUUUAUCAUGACACGUGUGAUACUUGAACAGCCCAAGGACUAACUUUCCAUUUACUUGUACACAAUGGUCUUUACUUCCUGACUGUAAUACUUGGCUUUAUAUACUCAAUGGGUUACUGCUUAAACGGCUCAGGAUCACUAACUCCCAAAUGUUUGGUGAUAUUAAACUUUUAUUUGUCAUAUUGAGUCAUCACCAGAACAGAUGCGCUGAAACGUUUGCUGCUGAAUAUUUGAUUGGUCUAGUCCGUUUACACAAUGCGCUCAGACGCAAAUCCCAAACCCCUUUGUAAGCUCACAAUGUACAUUUAAAAUGACAAGCAGACAAGCUUUGAAAACAAUCAUUAGAGUUAAAAUAUUAAUGUAUUUUCAUUUUGUUUAGCUGCUAAGAGAACCUUGAUUCCCCAAGUAAUGAUGUUUGGGAGGAAGCGAGCGUAUUUAUUCUGGUUUCAACCAGCAAACUGUCAAAUGCUACAAAUAAAAAACAAAUUCGAUGAUUGAGUGGAAUAUUAACUGUGAGAUGGGAUUACCGACAGGAAAGGGAACAGAACUGGAUAAUCUGACAGCAAAAUAAAUCGGCUGUAAUCCAUUAAUGGGAAAAGGUGACAAUGUCUGCUGAUUGAAUUGUAGACUGUUUGGGUUAUUUACUAAACCGUGAACUGUUUUGAGUUCAAAAUGAAAUCCAAGUCACCUAUUUUUUUAAAUGUGGCUUACUGAUUUGCAAUUCAAUUUGCAUUUAUCCAUAAAGUGACCUGAGGUAACUGCCUAGGGCGCAGGGAUUAAACAGGGGACAAGGAAACAUAAAACAUUAUCCCGAUAUAAAGAGUGAAUGGGUGACCCAAACUGGCCACCUCCCUAGAACUCUGCAUUGAUCUUAAUUCUUCUGUGACCCUGAGACAGUAUUAUAGACAGAGGGACAGAGACACAGAUUGACAGACAGAGGGACAGAUGGACAGAAGGACAUACAGAGGGACAGAAUGACAGAGAGACAGAGAUACUGGUAGAGAGAGAGAGAGAGAGAGAGAUGUGCAUCAAAUCAAAACAUUAAAAUAUGUGCUUAUGAAAGUUACAUAACAGUUUAUGCUAAAUAAUCUGAAUACAAUAAGCACUCGUUAGGAUGUAAUAUUUGUAUUGAAUGUUAUUGGACCGUGCCAACUCUAUACACAUUGUACCUGAAUGUAUCUCUCUGUAUCAGCUGAACUGACAGCUGAAUCCUGCUAUUGUUAGAAGAACAGAGUCGGGCACCUGCAGAAUCACCCACGAUACUUACUGUUUAUACAGCCAGCCGUGCCCUGGGUUCCUGCCAGCUUGGCAUGGGACUAGAAACAUAGCUCACACAGAGCUUCCUCUAACUACUGGAGAGCCCAGCAUGAGGCCACACAGCCGGGGCACACCUUAUGCAGGAGGAGGGGAACUAAAAACAACUGGGGAGAAUUUAUCAAAUCUGGGGAGAUUUCAUCUGCUGCUUCAUUUGCACUCUGAACAUCUUGGAAUAUUCUCCAUUCCUUCCACAGUAUAAUGGAUGUAUCAAUCUUCAUGGCAAUAAUUAUUAUUAUUAUUAUUGCCAUUUAUAUAGCACCAACAGAUUCCGUAGCGCUUUACAAUAUUAUUAGAGGGGGGAUUUAGCUAUAAAUAGGACAGUUACAAGAAAACGUACAGGAACAAUAGGUUGAAGAGGACCCUGUUCAAACGAGCUUACAGUCUAUAGGAGGUGGGGUAUAAUACACAUAUUAAUUAUAUAGACAUAAUUAUAAAGAAAUAAAUUAUAAAGAAAACCAUCAGCAUUUUAAUUACUUUUAGAAUACUUCGAUAAAUGCUGAUGAAAUAAAGAUGGAAUUUAGCCUUUUGAUAACCUUUUGAUUAAUAUCUCUGGUUGCUUAUAUUUCUCCUCCGCUCUCUAUGCUAAAUGUUAGGUUCUAUGGACGGAGCUUAUAACAAUGAUUGACAGGGAGCAGUUAAAAGCACUCACUUCCAGCAUAGAGCUGUUACUAGGAGGUCCAGUGAACAUUUAACCAAAUAAUUUAUAUAAGAAACUAGGCAAUUUUGGAACCAAAAUUCAAUGUGCUUCAAAAUAAAUACAUAAUAUAAUAUCAUGUAUAUAUUUUUCAGUAUACUGAUAGGAGCAAUUUGGUUUACAGAUCAAGUGGGAAAAAGGGGGCUAAAUGGUGGUUUUAACACUAUAGCACCAGGAAUACAUGUUUGUGUUCCUGACCCUAUAGUGAUUCUUUAAAUAUUCAUUAAAUAUAUAAUCUGUAAAUAUAUAUUUUUUUUUUACUACUCCUUGUCCUUUUCCCUCUCUUUGUAACUUCUCAAUAAAAUCAACGUUUAGUGACUCUCCCGUAGCAAUCAAUCAUUUUUUUCCCCCCAUCAAUUAUCUCUCUUUUUGGUGCCACGGUUGGAAUUCAGAAUCACGAGCUGACAUGUUCGGCAUUGAGCAUGUAGAAUGAUUCAGGUACGUUUUUGCUUGGAGUUCAUUCGAUUGCCCCAAAUUCAGACUAGUUGCAAUUCGUCCUGAAACAAAUCUGCAUGACUUUGAGAAACAUAGGCCUGCGCAAAGGGUGUGCCCACGCAGACUAGGUUAAUAAUUGCACUUAAAUUCUGAAGUUGCUCAUUUUUUGUUUGAACAUGAACAUUUUGAAAAUCUUUUUGAAUGACCCGUUUAUUGCUAUAUCAAAGGUCAUUAUUUUAGGCUGAGGAAAAUGCCAUAAUCCCACUGGUGCUUGGGUCUGGAAAGAUGCCAUUUUUGUGUUGAUUUGAAAACAGCAUAAUUGACUCCUUAAUAAUUUCCUUUUUUUGACUUGCUUUGCAAAUAUUUGGUUCAAUAGAUUUUACUAUAUACAAAGCAGGAGACUGGACAGACUGCGCAUCACAUUACUAUGCAGACGGGAAGUAUCGCACUGCACUGAAGAAAGAUUCUGCAGUCGACUAACUUGUUAAUGCAUCCAAAAUAUAUGCAUUUCAUAAGUAAAUAUAAUAAAAAAGAUGAAUGAUCCAUGAGUGUAGAUGAUAUGUGCAUCAAUAUGAAUUGGGUGAUGUCAUGACUGUGACUGGGGAGCCACGUAAUAUGACAUUUGACGGGAUACGUCUGUCUAGAUCCAUACCGUGUAUAUCCAAGCAGUGUAUAUCCAUACAGUGUAUAUCCAAGCAGUGUAUAUCCACACAGUGUAUAAAGCAGUGUAUAUCCAAGCAGUGUAUUUCCACACAGUGUAUAAAGCAGUGUAUAUCCAUACAGUGUAUAUCCAAGCAGUGUAUAUCCACACAGUGUGUAAAGCAGUGUAUAUCCAAGCAGUGUAUAUCCAAGCAGUGUAUAUCCACCCAGUGUAUAUCCAAGCAGUGUAUAUCCAUACAGUGUAUAUCCAAGCUGUGUAUAUCCACACAGUGUAUAUCCAUACAGUGUAUAUCCAUACAGUGUAUAUCCAAGCAGUGUAUAUCCACACAGUGUAUAUCCAAUCAGUGUAUAUCCACCCAGUGUAUAUCCAAGCAGUGUAUAUCCAAGCAGUGGAUAUCCAUACAGUGUAUAUCCAAGCUGUGUAUAUCCACACAGUGUAUAUCCAUACAGUGUAUAUCCAAACAGUGUAUAUCCACCCAGUGUAUAUCCAAGCUGUGUAUAUCCAAGCAUUGUAUAUCCACCCUGUGUAUAUCCAAGCAGUGUAUAUCCAAGCUGUGUAUAUCCACACAGUGUAUAUCCAUACAGUGUAUAUCCAAGCAGUUUAUAUCCACCCAGUGUAUAUCCAAGCAGUGUAUAUCCACCCAGUGUAUAUCCAAGCAGUGUAUAUCCAUACAGUGUAUAUCCAAGCAGUGUAUAUCCACCCAGUGUAUAUCCAUACAGUGUCUAUCCAAGCAGUGUAUAUCCACCCAGUGUUUAUCCAAGCAGUGUAUAUCCAAGUUGUGUAUAUCCACACAGUGUAUAUCCAUACAGUUUAUAUCCAAGCAGUGUAUAUCCAAGAUGUGUAUAUCCACACAGUGUAUAUCCAUGUAGUGUAUAUCCACCCAGUGUAUAUCCACCCAGUGUAUAUCCAUACAGUGUAUAUCCAAGCAGUGUAUAUCCACCCAGUGUAUAUCCAAGCAGUGUAUAUCCAAGCUGUGUAUGUCCACACAGUGUAUAUCCAAGUUGUGUAUAUCCACACAGUGUAUAUCCAAGCUGUGUAUAUCCACACAGUAUAUAUCCAAGCAGUGUAUAUCCAAGCUGUGUAUAUCUAUACAGUGUAUAUCCAAGCAGUUUAUAUCCACCCAGUGUGUACCUUUUGAAUUAAUUUUGUUUUCUGAUGCUCCUCUUCUCGUUCUCCUAUAACCCCCAUUAGGUUCAUGUAUCUUUAGCUAUCACACACAUCCAUUCUCCCAACCCACCCCUAGAUCAGUCACAGGAAAACAUGAAACAAACAUGCUACCAGCUAUCUGUGAAUGGUCAAUUCAUUGUCCGUCACACGGGACCAUUUAUUGGGACAAUCCGUGGUGGGUUUCCCAUUCACGCACUAUGAAGGAUAAUGCAUAAGGCCUAUAAUACGGUGUAAUGUGGUUUCUAAUGCUGUUUAGAAGCUAUGGGAUCCAAACUAUUUUUUUGAAGAAGGUGCAAUUUUCAGACUUCUGGAUUUGAUCGUCAGAUUUCCUAGUUUAAAUCUUAUUCCCUUAAUACUAAUAUUUCUGCUCCUAAAUGUAUUUUGUAUCUCUGCUAAAUAAUCCCAUAAUCCUGUUGUAUAGAUCCUACAAAUUCUUUCACAUACAUUGUAUCAUUUUCACUUUGUAAAUUUACCUUUGUUUAACAUGCUCAGGUUUUCGAUAUAUGUAUUACCAGUGGUACCAUCUAUUAUUCUACUGAAAGAGCAGAACAUAUAUUUCAUCCAAUACAGACUCCCAGCAUUCCAGCUGGCCAAUUAAGAAAUAGCCAUAUUUACGGAGCAUGAUAGGAGGGGAAGCUAUACCAUUGUAACUUAAAAGAACACUAUAGGGUCAGGAACACAAACAUGUGUUCCUAACCCUAUAGUAUUAAAACCACCAUCUAGCCCCCCUGGCCUCCUUAAAUAUAAUAAAAUCUUACAUUUAUUCUAGUCUGCUGCUGCUGGCUCUGACCCUGAUCUGCCUACUUGGCUGACAUCAUCAGAAACACCUUUAGCCAUAAGAAAAUGUACCAAAGAUCUAAUGAUAGAAUUAGAUGAAAAGGGAUGGUUAUCCUCUUCCUAUAAAAUCAAUAAAUAUGUUCACUCACUUGCGUUGAUAGAAACCCAUUUUAAAUUGAUUAAUUUAUGGUAUAUGACCCCAUCAAGAUUAUUGAAAUUCUCUACGAGACCUAGUGAGGAUUGUUGGAAUUGUAGAGCGGAGAAGGUUAGCUAUGUUCAUAUGUGGUGGACAUAUAAAAAAGUGUCAGUCGUAUGGCAGUGGGUUCAAAACAUUAUAUUUAAACUAUGUGACGUCAAAUUAUCAAUAACUCCAGAAGUAAUGCUACUACAUUUUUACUGGCCUAAUCUAAGGAAGACAGAUAAAUUUUUGAUAAAUCAUUGCUUGUUGGCUGCAAAGAUAGUGAUAGCAAGAAACUGGAAAGCGGAAUAUUAUUUUUCUGUUACCCAAUUAAGCUCACAAUUAUUAUCUCAAAUAAAAAUGGAAAAGAGUUAUUCUAAAUGCCCGAACAAGACUUCCGGCUUAUGUGAUAACUGGGAAAAAGAACUGUGUAUCAUAUCUAAAUAAGAUUAGCGAUGAAAAGACACUAGUAUGGUAAUAGGAUGGAUGUAAACCGAUCAACAGAUGUAUUUCUGUUUAUCUUUUUAUGUAUAAUUGUAAAUGUAAUGUUCAGUUUAUUUAUUUUUGUAUGUAUUGAUGUUGUUUGUCAUUUGAUGUUGAAGCAAAAUAUAAUACAAAUAUUUGGAAAACAAAAAAUAAGAAGUGGUGCUCUGAGCCAAUCACAAUGCUUUUCCAUAGUAAAUCAUUUGAUUGGCUGACACUGUCAAGGAGACGGUCACAGAGGCUGUCACUGAUGCAGAACCAGAAGAAGCCAAACACAGCGCUGGCCAAUCAGCAUCUCCUCAUAGAGAUACAUUGAAUCAAUGCAUCUUUAUGAGGAAAGUUCAGUGUCUCCAUGCAGAAGGUGGAGACACUGAAUGUCAGUCAAACUGUGCAGCACUGCCCCGGGAAGCACCUCUAGCAGCCAUGUGAGGAGUGCCCAGUGGAGGCAUCCCUAUGCUAUAAUGUAAACACUGCCUUUUCGCAGGAAAAAAAAAAAACAGUGUUUACUGCGAAAGGCCUGAAGGGACUGAUUAUACACACCAAAACACAUACAAUAAACUGUAGUUGUUCUGGUGAUUAUAGUGUGCCUUUAUUACCUAUCCUUCUUAAUUACACACAUUUACGCAGUCAUUCUAGUGCAGAGCUUGCAAUAUAGUCUCACACAGACAAUACUCUUUAAUUUAAGGUUUAUUUCAGUGGAGCUCUGUGAUGCUGUUAAACAUAUCAUGCAUUCCUGAGCAUUUUAGUGCUGUGGAUCUCUGACACAUUUAUACACACUGCACAUUGCUGAGUGUUUUAUUGCUGUGGAGCUCUGUUAUACAGUCACACACCAUGCAUACUAUGAGUUUUAAUAGUUUUAUUGCCGUGGAGCUCUGUGAUACAGUCAUACACCAUGCAUACUAUGAGUAUUAAUAGUUUUAUUGCUGUGGAGAUCUGUGAUACAGUCACACACCAUGCAUACUAUGAUUUUUAAUAGUUUCAUUACUGUGGAGCUCUGUGAUACAGUCAUACACCAUACAUACUGUGAGUUGAAUUGCUGUGGAGCUCUGUGAUACAGUCACACACCAUGCAUACUAUGAGUUUUAAUAGUUGUACUGCUGUGGAGAUCUGUGAUACAGUCACACACCAUGCAUACUAUGAGUUUUAAUCGUUUUAUUGCUGUGGAGCUCUGUGAUACAGUCAUACAUACUGUGAGUUGUAUUGCUGUGGAGAUCUGUGAUACAGUCACACACACCAUGCUUACUGUGAUUGUCCUCCUGACUCAAUGAUUGGAAAGGAAUUUAUCAUUACCAUGAUGAGUGACAAGUCAGGACACACAUGUUUUGAGGUAGUGGUGGUGGGGAUGCGAUGCCGAUUUCUCUUUAAGUUGCAUAUAAUUAACUAGGGUAAUAUUAGCUAGUUACUGACCAUUGAGAAUGGGCAGAGCUGUUUUUUGUUUGUCUGUUUUUGUCUCAAUCUAGAAACCUUCUAUUACUUUACCACAUUAUAAAUACACUGUUUACAUACUCGUCUCUAAAUUUGUCUUUCAGUUUAACUAUCAAAAUGAGCACGCCAGCCUUCAGUAAUGUGAGUCGGAACCCGGGCCUGCAGAUAUGGUCCAUUGAGGUAAGAGUCCUUCAUAAACCAUUAUAUCUGAGGUGUCAUUCUAGGGGGGAUUUCAGGAGGCACCCAUGCCGGCAUGUUAAAUAAAAUGAGCAGAUUCCCUGUCCAGGAAACCAGGGAAAGAAAAGGCACAUGAGCUACAGCGAAUAAAGAGGAGAUGUGGAGUGGUCACCAUAUUGUAGGGAUUGUUGGGGAUUUCUAAGGCCAUCCUUGUACUUUAUAACUCCCUUCCUACCAAGAUUAACCUGGAACAAUAAUGCAGAAGUAUAAUUUAUUUUAUACAUUUUCCAAAAUCUUCAGGGUUAUUCACUUACGUGUCCAUUGGUGGACAUGUAUAUAAAAAUAUAGCAGAAGUGAAGUAUUUUUUCAAGACAACUAUUUGUCCUAAAUGUGAAAUUGAUUUUGAACUGACUUUGAAUUCCUGACCAUGCAUACAUGAGUGCGUAAACUUGCCAGAUUAGUGUAUAAAUGCUGUAAUUUGAUUUCUGAGAUUACUGUGGCCCCUGAAAAUUGUGGCCAUUGAGUUUUUGCUUGAAGAUUCAAUGUCUAGUUAAUAAUAAAAACAGUAAGGAACUUUAGAGACUAAAUUUGAAGAAACACACACUUUGUGCCACAGGAAGCAUCAUUCAAUGAACAGUGAAGCGCCUGGCUGUUAAAUAAAUGUAUUCACAUAUAAUUUUGCCAACAUUAAGUAAUGAUGCUUUUCUAACCAUUUAAAACUAUUGCUUACCUUAUUUCAGAAAAUGAAAAUGGUUCCACUACCUGAAAAGGCAUAUGGGAGUUUCUUUGAAGGAGACUGUUACAUCAUAAUAUACGUAAGUUUGCUGUUAACAAUACCCAGUUAAGAGUCAACAUAUAUACUGCAUAAGGGACAGUGAUGAUCUAUCUAUGUAAUGGUGUAAAUGGAUAUCAAUAACGAUAUCAUAUCUUAUUUACACAGACUGGUUUCUAAACACAGUUAUUGUAAUGUAAAGAUACAUUACUCUGAGUAAUAUUGCUGUGGAGCUCUGUUAUACAGAGGGAUUUGGGCCCAAAAUAGGGACUGUCCCUCCUAAAUAGUGACACUUGGGGCAUAUGUAAAUGAUUUCCCUGCAUUCACCUGUGUUCAUUCGGUUGUGUCCUCUCCCUGCUCUUUAACUAACUUUGAACGUUUCGUUCUAAUUAUGUGUUCGGGAAAUGUAUUCGCUCUACCGAACGGAGACCACCCUGGGUAGCAAUCAGAAUUUGGAACACUGAGUAACCACACGGAAAACCGCAACUUAAUUGAGUGCUUCUAGGUGGUCACCAUUCGGUAUACGAACACGUGGUGAGAACAAAGGAUGGCGGCCAUCUUAAAUCUCCCGAAUGCGGUCAGCGGGCCUUACUCGUGGAUUGCCUGGAACUGUUUUCGGCAUGGCAAUCACACGAACGUCCGGUCAUUAUGGAAGUCCCAUCUGACCUAUUUCCACCCAUAGCAUCAAACCGGCGUUCGGGAGUUUUAAUCUACCGAACGAGGGGAGCACUCUUAUGUAACCGGCUCCAACAUACCUAGGGUAGUUUUCGUGUAAUUCUGCGCGAACGGAGACCGGCUCUUGCUACUGAUUUCAUGGAACUCUAAAUUGGAUACCACCACAUGGCGAGCCGGUCAAACUUCCACACAAUGCGACAUGGAAACUACCAAACGGAUUUUCGUGAAAUUCGGAUGUGUGACUCCCAGUAUCCUCAGCUACACAGGAAAGUGGUUUAUAUAUUUCUAUGUUAUGCAGAAAGUAUUUUUCUAAAAAAUUAGAAAAUUUUAAUGUUUCUGGCCAGCAGAUAACUGAGUUUAGUAUGUUGCUGAAACUCAAUUAUCUAGCCUGGCCCAGAGGAGGAGUCUGUUAUUGUAUAAAUUGAAUGCCUGUUGCUUCCAGUAAAUCAGUCUUGUUCCAGCAUUAAGCUUUGGCUCAUGUGUGGAUUAUUUGGCGAUACCAGCGAUUAAUUACUCUGUGGAUUACUUGGGGAUUUUAUUUUAUGGGAAGAAGGGAAUGCUUGACGGUGAUACAGAUUACUACCAUCACAGUAUAUAUAUACUGUAUUCUGGGUAUUUGCUUGGUGUGUGCAGCCAAUCAAAGCAUGGAUUUCAAACCAUGGUCUGGGCCAGAAAAUCCACAAAUGAAGAUAAACAAUUUUCUGCCCCAAGUUUGCUGUGAGAUGCAGAAUUCCUGCUGGGCUAAAAAUUCAAAUACACAAAUUCAUAAAAAAAUAAAAAAAAAAAGUAAAAUUUUUGUUUAAACCUUUUGAUUCGAGAUGAUUGUGACAGAGAUUGUUGAGCCAUGGAGGGAGGGUACUGCGUUAUGGCCAGUGUCUUCAAUAUCUGCCACCUAUACCUGGAAUUAUGUUCAAAAAGUUCUCUGAAAUUGCAUUAGUCAGACCAAGAAACUAGCAAGGCAGGUUUUAUCACUGCCCUAAGGCCCAACAGUUACAGACGUGGAUAAAUAAUUCCUGCCACACCUUGAUGUUAAAAGGAAGUUCCGUUGCAAUAAUAAACACAGUAUGGUAUGCUUAUGGCCGGUGCAAGAAUUUUUGGCUACACAGACAAAGACAAAGAUGCAUUUUGCUGCCUCCCCCCCCCCCUUAAAAAAAUGUGUCUUUACCUGUGUUUAUUGUAAUCCCACUUUUGAUUUUCUUAACCUCCUUAGUGUAUUUUAUCCCCCCUUUAGUAUGUCUCACACCUUCUUGUGUGUCUCUUUCUUUCCCCAGCCCCUUUCUGUGGCUCUCUCCCCUCAGCGCAUUGGUGGUGGUUGUGGGGGGCAUGGGGGCCAAGGAGGGGACAGGCUGAGGAAUGGGACCAGGCUGAGGAAUGGGGGGGCUGAGUAGGGGGAUAGGGGCCGAGGAGGGGCAGGGGGCUAAGGAGGGGGGCAGGGGGAGGGGGCAGGGGCCAAGGAGGGGGCUGGGGUUGAGGAAUGGGACCGGGGCUGAGGAAUGGGACCGGGGCUGAUUAGGGGGACAGGGGCCAAGGAGGGGGCAGGGGCUAAAGAGGGGGGCUGGGGCUGAGGAAUGGGGCCAGGGCUGAGUAGGGGGGCUGGGGCUGAGUAGGGUGGGAGGGGGCCAAGGGGGGAGGGCAGGGGCCGAGGAGGGGAAUAGAAAACAAACUAAAGUGUAUUCCCCCUCCCUGAGGCUUACCAUGGGCCAGGAGGGGUGGGACAGGAUCUGGAGUCUGCAGCGUGCAGUCAGUGGAGUCAGUUGGCCUCUCCUGAUGAUGUCAGGAGGAGGGGGCGGCCCACUCCACUGGCUGCAGGCUGCAGGGAGAGAGGUAACUGGGUCGCCUCGGGGCAUGUCUAGACAGUCGUCUUCCUCAGAGGGGGAGUCCUCCGCUUUCCACUCGUCCAUAACCUCCAGCGGGGUUGGAGAAUUAUUUUCCUCCUCAUCGGAGGACGUCAGUGGAGGGGUUGAAGGGCCCUGGCGGUCCGCCUGGCGGCUCCUCUUUAGCGGGGCCUUGCCCUUCGUCUUCCGCGGGGUUGGGCCAUUGCCCUUCCAGUGCCUUUUAGAAGGGGCAAUUUCCCCCGAAGACCUAUCUGGGCCCUUAGUAUCAGGGUCCCCACUAGGGGUCUGGACCAACAAUUUUGCUAUAGCCUUUUCCAUCGAGGCCACAACCGCUGAGUUAAUCAUCGCUUGAAAGUUGGGGGGAGUUGGUUGCGAAGAUUCACUCAUUCUUACAGCCGUAGGUCUCUCUGUCUGUGGAAGACAGGAUAGGUUCAGGUACCGAAGUACGUGAAUAGUAAGACCAGUAAUAGUAAUACUGUGGCUUUCCACCUACGACUGGGAUUCUCCCAGUGUGGUCAAUGGGCCCAAAUCAAUUGAUAGGUCCUGCUGUAUAGUACCACUGCCUGUAAUCAUGGGCUAGCGAGGGGGUCACCCUCCUGGAGACCGGGAUGAGCGGUCAGAAAUAGGAAUCAAUUUGCCUAGGCUCUGUCGCCUGGUAGUGAUAUUGGAUGUGCCCAAUUUCAAAGCCCAGUAGAGACCUAUUGCAAUAGGUUCCGCCAAAACUAAGCGCGGUCCGCGAUCGUGGUCUGAUCCUUCCCCCGGAUGACACAAAAUCCCCCUGUGAUCGCGAUCGCGGUAAAUAGCCGCGAUCGCGGAAGGACAGAAGGGGUAUCAGCACAAGAGAGGGGGGGAGAGGAGGGUAAGGAAAUAAAGGACAGUAGUCAGGAAAAACAGUAAUAAAAACUAGUAAAUGUAUUGUGCAAACUGAAAAUUAAGGAAAUAGCAAUAAACUAAGUAUGUAUAAUAAGAAGCAGAAAAAAUCACUCUGACCUGUGCCUUGGCUGGAGCAGCAAAGAAAGAGGAAAUGGAACGACUGUCAGAGACUUAUAUACAGGAUGUGCUGGACUCUGAUUGGUUAAAUAUUUUUUCUUCUGAUUGAUUGACUUGUGCUGCUGGAGGCAUAAAGUAAAGAAAUGAAAAAAACAGGUUUAUAGAGAGCACAAAAAAAUAUCAGUAAAAUAGUGGAUUUUCUAAGCAGGUGCUUCAAAUUAUGAUUAUCCACAAGAAAAAGUUAAUACAAAUACAUAAAGUAAAGAAAGUUUAUGCAAAAUACUCGCCUCCUGUCAUUAUUAAAAUUAAGAUUAUCUGUACACUACGUUAGCAUAAUCUACAAUUGGAAAAAUCUGAGGCCCCAGGCAGAGCCACAGGCAGCAGGCAGGGCCAGAGCCAGAGGCAGGGCCAGAGCCACAGGCAGCAGGCAGGGCCAAAGCCAGAGCCACAGGCAGCAAGCAGGGCCAGAGCCGCAGGCAGCAGGCGGGGCCAGAGCCAGAGGCAGGGCCAAAGCCACAGGCAGGGCCAGAGCCACAGGCAGCAGGCAGGGCCAGAGCCGCAGGCAGGGCCAGAGCCAGAGCCACAGACAGCAGGCAGGGCCGGAGCCAGAGGCAGGGCCGCAGCCAGAGCCAGAGGCAGGGCGAGAGCCACAGGCAGCAGACAGGGCCAGAGCCACAGGCAGCAGGCAGGGCCAGAUAGUACAUGGAGUAUUAUAGAUAGUGCCAAUAGAUAGUACAUGGAGUAUCCAUAGAUAGUGCCCAUAGAUAGUACAUGGAGUAUCCAUAGAUAUUGCCCAUAGAUAGUACAUGGAGUAUCCAUAGAUAGUACCCAUAGAUAGUACAUGGAGUAUCCAUAGAUAGUGCCCAUAGAUAGUACAUGGAAUAUCCAUAGAUAUUGCCCAUAGAUAGUACAUGGAGUAUCCAUAGAUAGUACCCAUAGAUAGUACAUGGAGUAUCCAUAGAUAGUACCCAUAGAUAGUACCCAUAGAUAGUACAUGGAGUAUCCAUAGAUAGUACCCAUAGAUAGUAUCCAUAGAUAGUGCCCAUAGAUAGUACAUGGAGUAUCCAUAGAUAGUACCCAUAGAUAGUACAUGGAGUAUCCAUAGAUAGUAUCCAUAGAUAGUGCCCAUAGAUAGUAUCCAUAGAUAGUACAUGGAGUAUCCAUAGAUAGUAUCCAUAGAUAGUACAUGGAGUAUCCAUAGAUAGUACCCAUAGAUAGUAUCCAUAGAUAGUGCCCAUAGAUAGUACAUGGAGUAUCCAUAGAUAGUACCCAUAGAUAGUAUCCAUAGAUAGUAUCCAUAGAUAGUACAUGGAGUAUCCAUAGAUAGUAUCCAUAGAUAGUACAUGGAGUAUCCAUAGAUAGUGCCCAUAGAUAGUACAUGGAGUAUCCAUAGAUAGUAUCCAUAGAUAGUACGCGGAGUAUCCAUAGAUAGUAUCCAUAGAUAGUACAUGGAGUAUCCAUAGAUAUUGCCCAUAGAUAGUACAUGGAGUAUCCAUAGAUAGUAUCCAUAGAUAGUAUCCAUAGAUAGUACGCGGAGUAUCCAUAGAUAGUGCCCAUAGAUAGUACAUGGAGUAUCCAUAGAUAGUAUCCAUAGAUAGUACAUGGAGUAUCCAUAGAUAGUAUCCAUAGAUAGUAUCCAUAGAUAGUACAUGGAGUAUCCAUAGAUAGUAUCCAUAGAUAGUACGCGGAGUAUCCAUAGAUAGUAUCCAUAGAUAGUAUCCAUAGAUAGUACGCGGAGUAUCCAUAGAUAGUGCCCAUAGAUAGUGCCCACCCAGAGUUCAUUUCCAAAUCUUUGUACUCUGCCAGAGUUAUGGUAACUGAUAGCUGCAUCUUUUUUGGUUGGAUGGUGGCAGUCAGAGCGAUGCAGAAGGUUACAUUAAGGCUUUUUGUGCCUAGAUUGUUGUGUGAUAUAAAGUGGCAACGGAUGUGUAUAAUUGUUUCUAUCACCCGAUCAUCUGUUAUAGUUAUUUCUCCAUCGCAGCAUUGGAUGUUCCCACAGAUUACAUUGUUCUUUUAUUUAUUUUGGAUGAAAAUAUCUCUGUACCUUUUAAGGUAUUUUUCUAUGAUAUUCUUUUAAAAUAUCAACAUGCGGUUUUUUUUCUGCUGUACAAAGGAAAAGGGUCUGAAAGAUGUUUUUGUGAAGUUUUUCUUAUUCAGUUAGGAACAUGCUAUUAGAGCGAGCAGUUAGCUCCGGGUAGCGAGGGAAUGAUAUGGCUGACAGAGAGGAUGGAAUGUGCAUGUUUGCGUAUGGUGACAAUAAUAACUAAGUUAAACAGAAACAUUGUCUAAACCUGGAGCAAAUCCAGGAACAAAGAUUACAAUGAGCAACUCGAUAAACACUCACUGCUGCCUGGGCAAGCAACGAACACUCACUGCUGGGCAUAUAAUAUAAACACCCGCUGCUGGGCAUGUAAUAUAAACACCCGCUGCUGUGCAUGUAAUAUAAACACUCACUGCUGCCUGGGCAAGCAACGAACACUCACUGCUGGGCAUAUAAUAUAAACAGCCGCUGCUGGGCAUGUAAUAUAAACACCCGCUGCUGUGCAUGUAAUAUAAACACUCACUGCUGCCUGGGCAAGCAACGAACACUCACUGCUGGGCAUAUAAUAUAAACACCCGCUGCUGGGCAUGUAAUAUAAACACCCGCUGCUGUGCAUGUAAUAUAAACACUCACUGCUGCCUGGGCAGCAACGAACACUCACUGCUGGGCAUAUAAUAUAAACACCCGCUGCUGGGCAUGUAAUAUAAACACCCGCUGCUGUGCAUGUAAUAUAAACACUCACUGCUGCCUGGGCAAGCAACGAACACUCACUGCUGGGCAUAUAAUAUAAACACCCGCUGCUGGGCAUGUAAUAUAAACACCUGCUGCUGGGCAUGUAAUAUAAACACUCACUGCUGCCUGGGCAAGCAACGAACACUCACUGCUGGGCAUAUAAUAUAAACACCCGCUCCUGGGCAUGUAAUAUAAACACCCGCUGCUGGGCAUGUAAUAUAAACACUCACUGCUGCCUGGGCAUGUAAUAUAAACACCCGCUGCUAGGCAUAUAAUAUAAACACCCACUGCUGGGCAUGUAAUAUAAACACCUGCUGCUGACUGGGCAUGUAAUAUAAACACUCACUGCUGGGCAUAUAAUUUAAACACCCACUGCUGGGCAUGUAAUAUAAACACCCACUGCUGGGCACAUAAUAUUAACACUUACUGCUGGGCAUAUAAUAUAAACACCCGCUACUGGGCAUGUAAUAUAAACACCCACUACUGGGCAUGUAAUAUAAACACCCACUGCUGGGCACAUAAUAUUAACACUUGCUGCUGGGCAUGUAAUAUAUACACCCGCUACUGGGCAUGUAAUAUAAACACUCACUGCUGGGCAUGUAAUAUAAACACCUGCUGCUGGGCAUAUAAUAUAAACACCCGCUACUGGGCAUAUAAUAUAAACACCCACUGCUGCCUGGGCAUGUAAUAGAAACACUUACUGCUGCCUGGGCAUGUAAUAUAAACACCCGCUGCUGGGCAUGUAAUAUAAACACCCGCUGCUGACUGGGCAUGUAAUAUAAACACCCACUGCUGGGCAUGUAAUAUAAACACCCACUGCCUACUGGGCAUGUAAUAUAAACACCCGCUGCUGGGCAUGUUAUAUCAACACCCGCUGCUGGGCAUAUAAUAUAAACACUCACUGCUGCCUGGGCAAGCAACGAACACUCACUGCUGGGCAUGUAACAUAAACACCCGCUGCUGACUGGGCAUGUAAUAUAAACACCCGCAGCUGACUGGGCAUGUAACAUAAACACCCGCAGCUGACUGGGCAUGUAAUAUAAACACCCGCUGCUAACUGGGCAUGUAAUAUAAACACCCACUGCUGGGCAUGUUAUAUAAACACCCAUUGCUGGGCAUGUUAUAUAAACACCCGUUGCUGGGCAUAUAAUAUAAACACUCACUGCUGCCUGGGCAGCAACGAACACUCACUGCUGGGCAUGUAAUAUAAACACCCACUGCUGGGCAUGUAAUAUAAACACCCGCUGCUGGGUAUGUUAUAUAAACACUCACUGCUGGGCAUGUAAUGUGCACUCACUGCUGGGCAUGUAACAUAAACACCCAGUGCUGGGCAUGUAAUAUAAACACUCACUGCUAGGCAUGUAACAUAAACACCCGCUGCUGCCUGGGCAUGUAAUAUACACACUCACUGUUGGGCAUGUAAUAUACACUCACUGCCAGGCAUAUAAUAUAAACACCCACUGCUGGGCAUGUAAUAUACACACUCACUGCUGGGCAAGUAAUAUACACUCACUGCUGGGCAAGUAAUAUACACUCAAUGCUGCCUGGGCAUGUAAUAUACACACUCACUGUUGGGCAUGUAAUAUACACUCACUGCUAGGCAUAUAAUAUAAACACCCACUGCUGGGCAUGUAAUAUACACACUCACUGCUGGGCAAGUAAUAUACACUCACUGCUGUCUGGGCAUGUAAAAUGAACAUGCAGUGAAUACCUUAUGUUGGACAUGUGAGAACACUUGUUCAUUUGAAUAUUAUUAUUAUUAUUAUUAUUAUUAUUAUUGGUAUUUAUAUAGCGCCAACAGAUUCCGUAGCACUUUACAAUAUUAUGAGAGGGAGUCAUUUAACCAUAAAUAGGACAAUUACAAGAAAACUUACAGGAACAAUAGGUGAAGAGGGCCCUGCUCAAACGAGCUUACGGUCUAUAGGAGGUGGGGUAUAAAACGCAAUAGGAAAGGAAAUAGCAAUCAAACAAGGUGGGAGUGAAGCAGAGCUGGAGGAGAGAGUAGAGUGCUGCCCUUUAGGAGAGAGCAGGAGACAGGUAUGUGAGGAAGAGGUUACUCUGGGAGGCCAUAAGCUUUCCUAAAGAGAUGGGUGUUUGAGGCACUUCUUAAACGAUUGAAGACUAGGGCGGAGUCUGAUGGCGGUAGGCAGGCUAUUCCAUAGGAAAGGAGCCGCCCGCGAGAAGUCCUGCAAGUGCGGGUUGGCUGUACGGGUGCGAGCAGGGGUCAGGAGAAGGUCAGGGGCAGAGUGGAGACUGAGAAGGGGUAUACCUAUGGAUCUGUGAAGAGAUAUAGGAGGGUCUAGAAUUGUUCAAUACUUUAUAGGUAUGGAAUACAAUAAAAAACAGUGCUAAACAUGCAAUGAGCAACCAAUAAAUAAAUGUUAUCAAUAAAGAAAUAAAAAUCCAAUAAAUGUUGGGGAUGCAAUAACAUCCUGAGUUUGCAAUCAAUAAACCUGUGGUGUUAAUGAAACAUCUAUUGCACACAAACAGUCAUAUCCAUCCCUUUAAAUGCAAUAAACCCUAAUUUUAGCUUCUUUCAAAAUGUAAGAUGUAUCCAUAUGUAUCUAUGGGAAAGAAAUGCACCAAUCAGGAAAUGUCAUCUUAAGCCGCUUGAGUAUAAAACAUGGAACGUUUUCAAACCACGGAGUUUCUAAUACUUAUUGUUAUUAUUGACCCAAUAUAGGCCUCCAUUUAAUAUUUUAAAAUUAAAGAAUAUUAUGAAUUUUUUUUGUAAAUUUUGUAUAUUUUGCUAUUUUAAUAUUUUUUAGAAAGUUUAUCCAAAAAAAUAUUAAAUCAUUUGAAGAGCGUGUCCAACACUAUUAAAUUGAGGCCAUAAACGUAUGACUAUGUUCUUUUUACACCAGUAAUUCUGUUUCUCUAUUUAUCCUUCCCCCAGCUUUUAAUAGUAUAUAUCACAGAGUGUCUUUCUUUUUUUUAAUAACAGGGAAAAAAGAAAAGAAAGCACAUAGGAUCUCAUUACAGAUUACAUUUAUUAUCAUGUCUGUUUUUUUUUAACAAUGUAUCCACUGCAUCAAUAUAUAUUCCAGUUUCUUUACCAUUCUUGGGGCUCAGCUUAUCUUCUCUAUAUGGCCCCUCCAAAUCCCACCACAACCUUGCUCCUCCCUAUCUCUCCUCAUUUACGUCACACCAUACCAUUAAACUCUCCACUCCUCAUCUUUUACUCAACCCACACACCCAUGUGCUCCUGUAGGACUCUAUUCGUUUUACUCUGUGCUCCCACUACUGGAAUAAGGACAUGUACGGUGACCCAUAUAAAGAUAUAUUAUGGAGUGCGCACUCCUCAUAUAAGGACAUGUGGUGGAGUGAGUGUCGUCAUAUAAGGCUAUGUGAUGGAUUGAGGGCUUCUUACACACAGUCAAGACCUGUGGUUGAGUGAGGCUUCCUCAUGUAAGGACAUAUGCUCAGUGGUGUAUUUUGUUUUUGUGCUGCCUUAGGCAUGACAAAACUAGGCCUCCUCCCCAUCUAAAUUUAUCUUCCUUUUUAAAACCAACACGCUCUUUUCCUAACAGACACAUGCCCUCACUGAUGGUUACACUGACAUACACUCACUGACAGAUACAGUCAUUGGCACACACACUGUUUAACCAACACACAGUUUCACUGAAACACACACUCACUGACAGACACACUCACAUUCACUGACGGACACACACAUUGACCAAAAGACACACAUACACUAACUGAGAGACACACAUACACACACACACUCACAGACACACAUGCACACUCACUGGCAGACGCAGACUCACUCAGUGUCAGAAACUCACCAAACAAGAAUCAGACACACCAAAUUAGAGUCAGACACACACACUGACACAUAUACACUCACUGACAGACACACAUUGACAAACACACAUAUACACUCACUGACAGACACAUAUACACUCAGUGUCAAAGACACACGCACUGACAGACACACACAUUCACUGACAGACACACAUACACUAGCUGGCAGACACACACACACUGACAGACAUACAAAUCCACUAACAGACAUACACAUUCAUUGGCAGACACAUAAACACUCACUGGCAGACAUAAUCUCAGUGACAGACACACACACACUGACAGAGACACAUACACUCACUGACAAACACACGUACACUCUCACUGACAUACACAUACACUCUUUGACAGACACACAUACAAACUCACUGACAAACAUGCAUACGCUCUUUGACAAACACACAUACAAACACAUAUAGACUCUCACUGACAAACACACAUACACUCUUACUGACAAACACACAUACACUCUUUGACACACAUACAAACUCACUGACAAACACAUAUACACUCUCACUGACAAAUGCAUAUACACUCUCUCUGACAAACACACAUACACUCUUACUGACAAACACACAUACACAUACUGACAAAAACACAUACACAUUUAAUGACAAACACACGUACGAUUUAUAAUUCUUUAAACAUUUUACUCCACCCAGCCUCCCUACCCUUGGGAGUGCUGGCAUGGAGUCUCUAUUUCCCUGGGGGCCAGUGGGGCUGCUGAGCAGCUGGGUGUGCGGUCAAUACAGGCGCAUGAGGGAGGUCUGAUCUUCCUACUCACCUCCCUCACGCGCCUCUUAGUGAUGCCAGGGCCAGAGUGAGGUCAUAUUCCAGCUCCGGCAUCACUCCAGUGAGUGCGAGGGACCUGACCAGGAAGACUCAGGGUAGAGUACUUCCUCGCUGCUCACCUCCAUUCCAAGCAGAUGCCAGCCUUGGGGGGGCCCAAGGUUGCCAGCCGGGCCAGGAUAAGAGACUGACAAGGCAUCUGCCAGGGUGUUUGGGGGGCGGCUUUCUUUUGCUGCCCCCCUGAAAGUGCUGCCCAAGGCAAAUGCCUUGUCAGCCUCGCGCUAAAUACAGCACUGCAUAUAAUGGAGUGAAUGCGCCUCAUAUAAGAACACAUGAUGGAGUGAGUGCAUGCCUUAUACAAGGACAUGUGAUGGAGUGAGUGCGCCUCAUAUAAGAACACAUGAUGGAGUGAGUGCAUGCCUUAUACAAGGACAUGUGAUGGAGUGAGUGUGCCUCAUAUAAGAACAUGUGAUGGAGUGAGUGCCCCUCAUAUAAGAACAUGUGCCGGAGUGAGUGCGCCUCAUAUAAGAACAUGUGAUAGAGUGAGUGCACCUCAUAUAAGAACAUGUGAUGGAGAAAGUGGUCCUCAUAUAAGAACAUGUGAUGGAGUGAGUGCCCCUCAUAUAAGAACAUGUGAUGGAGUAAGUGGUCCUUAUAUAAGAACAUGUGAUGGAGUGAGUGCCCCUCAUAUAAGAACAUGUGAUGGAGUGAGUGCCCCUCAUGCCAGGUCCUCAACAAACACAACAAUAUUUGAAUGCAGUAAAUGUAGUGCCAAUAUAGGCCUUUGUUGCUGAAUAUUUUAGCUCUGGGACUAGGAUACAGAAAUAGAUCCCUGCAGUGAUUGUAAAUGGCAGAUGAUUCAGAGUAAAUGACUCAUUACAGAACACGCCUGUGGGAAACAUGAGCGAUCUAUAAAUACUGAAAGAAUGUAUUAAUGAGCUCUCCUUCUGCACCCAAUACCAGAUCAAAGAAUGGGUCAUUUCAAGGGGUGGAUUAAUGUGCAUUUCAUGAAACUAUCCCACGAUACGGAAAAGUGAAUUCAUGUAUACACCCUCUACGUGUGCUACGGGUUUAUAAUACUUUAUGGUAUGAUUAGAGUGUACUGAGUGCGUUCAAUUUUAUAUCAACCACCAGGAACCAUCAGGAACCCUUCCAAUCCAGCCAGUAACAUAUAUUAUCAUCUCAUUAUUACUGGUCAAUAUACUGCUAACAUAUAUUAUCUCAUUAUCACUGGUCAAUAUACUGCUAACAUAUAUUAUUAUCCUAUUAUUACUGGUCAAUAUACUGCUAACAUAUAUUAUUAUCCUAUUAUUACUGGUCAAUAUACUGCUAACAUAUAUUAUUAUCCUAUUAUCACUGGUCAAUAUACUGCUAACAUAUAUUAUUAUCCUAUUAUUACUGGUCAAUAUACUGCUAACAUAUAUUAUUAUCUAUUAUCACUGGUCAAUAUACUGCUAACAUAUAUUAUUAUCCUAUUAUCACUGGUCAAUAUACUGCUAACAUAUAUUAUUAUCUCAUUAUCACUGGUCAAUAUACUGCUAACAUAUAUUAUUAUCUCAUUAUCACUGGUCAAUAUACUGCUAACAUAUAUUAUUAUCUCAUUAUCACUGUUCAAUAUACUGCUAAAUAGAGAGUGAUGGCUCUGAUUCAGGGGUCGUAGCAACGACCGAUGAAUUAGUGCUGGUGAGUCCUGAAAUUACUCUUCCAAAUUAGGGAAUAACCCUCAGAUAGAAAAACACAAAGCGAACAAGUAGGACCACAAGAGUCCAAAAUAGGAGAGUAAUAUAGAAAGGGGAAAAGGGAGCCCCUACCUUUUAAUAAUCCUAAAGAAACACACAACAGGACAGAUGGGAGGAGGAGUAGCAAUUAUAAACCUUCCAGAGUAGACACAGGGAGCCAGUAACUAAAGAGACUGCCUAAUAGGUGUCUAAAACCUAAGGUUCAAAAGAUACACCCUCUAAUUCUCCCAAAGCCGGGACCCUAAUGAAAGGAAGGUUACUGGAAAGAAGGGAAGGGGCAAAAUAAGGAGGUACCCCAGAGAAAAAAAUAUAUAUGUAAGCCCCUAUGAGAGGUCUGCUGUCCCUAGUUACCUCGGCACUGUGAGAAAUCACUAGUGCCUACCAAAACCUUAGUCCCUGCCUGUCAAAAAAUAACUGAUAUAAAAUGAAUUAAAUUAAAUCCAUCAGUGCUACCAAAAAAGUGCAAAACAAAGAAAUAAAAUUAAAAGAAGCUCGACGCACGUUUCGGCGUUUCCUAUUAUCACUGGUCAAUAUACUGCUAACAUAUAUUAUUAUCCUAUUAUCACUAGUCAAUAUACUGCUAACAUAUAUUAAUAUCUCUUUAUCUCUGGUGAAUAAUUAAUUAUCCUACUUUGAUAUGUAAUUAUCACUGGCGAUCAAUUAAUGAACAGAGAUUGAUAGAACGUUAUAACUGGUGAAUAUAUUAUUAACAUAUAUUGACAUCUCAUUAUCAGUGGUGAAUAAUUAAUUAGCACAGAUUGAUAAACCAUUAUACUGGGUGAAUAGCUCAUUAGCACAGACAGAUAUGUCAUGAACAUAUACCGAUAUUUCAUUAACCCUGGUGAAUAUUUAAUUAGCACAGACAUAAUUUGCCAAUAUUGUUAGUGACCAGAUAUUGCACAGAUUAGAACAGGCUAAUGGUGGCCCCCUGACUGCUAUAAAAAUGUUAACUUCUCAGAGUAAUAAAAAUAGGAACAUUUCAUAAUCUAAUCUGUGGCAAACCUAGACACUUCAGACUAUUUUGUUUAUCUUUGAGGGUUGCCCUUGAAAGUCUGGUUACAUAGUUACAUAGCUGAAAAGAGACUUGCGUCCAUCAAGUUCAGCCUGGUUUAUAUAUGAUGUUUGAUGUGUUUGCUUAAAAUGUGAAAGAGGGAAUUUGUAUACUAGUGGCACGAAAGCCGCUAGCAUUCAGAUGGUAGUUUCACGAACAGUGAUUUUCAACACUGUUUGUGAAACGAACAAAGUACCGAAUGGGAGCCCACACACAGGGGGUCGUGUGGCUACCAUUAACCGAUUGCAAUAAUGUAUCCAUCGGCUGUUAAUUGAUUCACAGGGUGGCCGUCGUUCGGCUACCGACCACGAGGCAGCGGCCAUCUUGGAUUAACUUUUUGCCCAGCAGUGUUUGGUCGUCGAGUGCCUGGAACUAAAAUCGGCUACUUGAUGGCACGAACACCGCAGGACUUCCAGGCCGUUCGGGAGCGCCGGUUACUUUUUCCCCACUUGUGUAUUCGUGACUUUUAUAAGGAAUGUAUAUUGGAGUGUAUUUCGUACGGCGUUCGGCUGAUUGUGCUGGGAUCUGAGCGGUCCUUUUACGAAGUAUGCGCUCAGACCCCAGUUAUCUGCUGAACGGUCAUUCGGUACAAUGGCACGAAUAGUAUGUAAGUUACAGAUUUUUAUGUAAAAAGCGAGCUCUGCUGUACAGAGGGAUAAUCUACUUAACAGGAUAUUCUAGUGGGAGUAUCCCUCUCGUACAGCAGUGCAUGGUGGGAGAAAUGUUCUAUAUGUUAAGUCCCCCAUGUAGUCCCCUACUGUACAACCUCUGUAAAGUCAGUAAGGAAACCCCUUGCAUGGGGAACCACAUAAAUACUGGAGCUUGUGAAUAAAAUCGUCAGUUGACUCCCAGAACUGUGUUUUGUCCGGUUACUGGGGGGAUUUGGGAUAUUGCCUUCAUUUUCAGCGCUUUUCUUUGGAUUACCUUAUUUUACCAGCGGAGAUAUUGGGAUUGAAUAUUGCAGCUCCGCUACAUAAUUCUAACAAUGUAGACAUAAGUGAAAGCCUUACUGUCCCUUUAUCCCUUUAACAUAUGUUGGGGUAGGAUCUAUUGGGUCAGUGGGAAGGAAUUUAUGGCAAUUUGCUUUUUCCGUCCACAGAACAAGAAGGUUUCUAACAGCAUUUCCAGUGACAUCCACUACUGGAUUGGAAAGGACUCGACUCAGGAUGAGCAGGGUGCCGCCGCUGUCUACACGUCUCAGCUGGAUGAUGCUUUCGGCGGGAGUCCCAUCCAGCACAGGGAGGUGCAGGGCUUCGAAUCAGAGAAGUUUAAAAGUUACUUCAAGAACGGUGUCAUGUAAGUAAUGAAGAAUGGAAACCCGACUCCAGAACUCCUACAAUAGAAUACGGCCGGUAAAUCACAAAUAACCAAACUUUCAUAUGAAAUCAGAGCAGGAUAAACCACAAGGUGACCUAAGGUGGCUGGCUGGGUCCCAGUGGUUAGAAAGGGGCCCUGGGAACCAUGAAAUUUCUUUACCCCAUUCACAGUGCCUAUGUGAAGAAUGAAGAGGGGGACUUACCAGUAACUUUCUUAAUUCUACACAGAAAGAAUAGGGGAAUUGGGGGCACACCGAGAACAUGCAUUUCUAAGUAGUGGUGCUUCUGUAAAGACCAAAAUCUAGCCAAAAUAAAGUUAAAGGAACAGCGCACACACAAAACAAAAAAUAAAGUUUAACAUUUCUAAAGGCUACCUAAAAUCACCCGUCUUAGCAAACACAUAUGGGGAUUCAGUUACACCAUAUAGAUAUACAAUGUAUUGAAUAAAUUGUAAACCUGCAGUAUGGGAUGAUUUCUUGGGGUCCACAAAGUCUACUUAAAAGCGAGUCAUCACUUCCAAGAAAUGUUAGAAUUCCGAUGACUUUUCCCCUAAAUUUCACAAAUAUGUAUCUGUGUGGUUUAAAAAAUAGUAUUGUACGUAUAAAUUUACACUGCUGUAAGUGUAUUUACUGCUGGCACUGAGGGCCUCCAUCUUAGCUCCCUGUCAAUCAUUGUUUUAGGUUCUGCCGUUUCCUCCUAGCUGUCAGCAUAGAGAGACCAUAGAGACUGGAGGAGAGACAGAAACUGUGGUUCUAUUUCUUCUCCUCCAAUGCAAUGUGUGCCUUGUAUGUGUCAGGACUGAACUGAUUUGUGAUGUCAAGUGGUAACUCUUUAUGUGAAAUUAGAAUAUUCAGAGCAUCACACGCAAAAGAUUAACUCAAGUUAUCGGUGGUUAGGGACCCCAACAUUUCGAUCAGCUUAAAGGGUUUCCGAUCAGCUUCAAAGUGUUCCGUUCCCUGAAGAAAUGUUACUUCCUGUGGGAGAAAGCACACACAAAACCUGAUACAGUGUGUUGUUUGACAAUCCGAGCAGACAGCUAUAUAAUCAGGGUUCUAUCUAUCUGUCGGUCCGUUUGAGCCUAACCCAACUCUCCUACUUCCUCCAUUAGCUACAAGAAAGGUGGUGUGGCCUCAGGAUUUAAACACGUGGAAACGAACAUGUACAAUAUACGCCGUCUUCUCCAUGUAAAAGGAAAGAAACAUGUCACAGCCACAGAGGUGGGUGUUUUUAUUAGUUAUGGUUCAUAUUAUCAUGUAUUAUUAUUAUAAUUGUACACAUAAACAAUAACACUAACCCAUUUCCUUGUCUGUUUUUAUAUAAAUGCACUUUGUAUCAAGUAUCUAUAUAUUUGACUUUUACCAAGUUUGACAAGAUGUGUAUGUAGCCCACCAUCUGGAGUGAUUCGAUCCCUUCGUUAUAGUUUGAGCAUUAUAAAUCUAAAAUAAUCAGAUGUGGCCAGUGAUAGCCUAGUUAGAUCCACGACACGCUGAGCAGCUCAUAAUGAUGUUAAUUAUUCCACAUAUUGACAAGGUCAAAUCCGUAUCCGUAGCUUAUAGGUUCCUGUCAAGAAGUAGAUUCCAGAAUGCUAAUAAAAUGUUAUUCAGUUUGAUAUACAACAAACCUUUGAUAUCCCUGUUAUUUCUCAUCAGUUUGAUCUUUAUUUGUUCAUAGGUGGAAUUAUCAUGGAACAGUUUCAAUCGGGGCGAUGUCUUCCUGCUUGACAUGGGGAAAGUCAUCGUCCAGUGGAAUGGCCCAGAAAGCAACAAGUCUGAAAGAAUACGGGUCGGUGUUCCAAAAUCAGAUACAUUGGGCUCCUCCAGAGACAUAUUUUAGAGCUCAUAAAAAAAAAUAAAAACAAUAACAACCGAAAAACCCAGAAACUGAAAAGAACAAAUAUCAAAUAAACAGUUAGGCCAGCGAUAUUUUUGUAUUUACUCGUCUUCUGUAACUUCUACAGGUCAUUGUAUUAAACUCCUGUAAUUCUGAAAUAGUGCUCAGGGGAGGUUUCUCCUGUAUAAGUGUUAGUUUUUGGUAGCAUUUUGGGUAGUAGUUCUACCUUCCUGUUUGUUGAGGCUUGAGUGAGAAUUCAAAGUUAAUUUCAAGUGUAAUUAUAUUUGUUUUAUAGGCUAUUUGUGUAUACGUCUAUGUUUAAUAACAAAUCAAAAAUUAUUAUUAUCAGAAAUUGGUGCUACAGGUGUUAAAAAUCUAGAGAAAGGGUUUCUGUAUUGGAUUGGGAAUAAUUGCACACAAUAAUGCUUGGCGCCCACCCUACUAGUAUAAUAGCCGAUAUUUUCUAAUUAUACUCCGGCCAGCAGCGAGGGACUUUAAAUUAAUUCUCUGAAUAAAUAAAACUCCCAUAGUAGAAAGUACCAUUCAUGUGCCAGGGAUUUUCCUGCUGCUUUGUUCUCAUUGAUUUGCAACUAGUUUGAAAGUUUCCAUGUAGGAUUUACAUCGAUUUAGGAAAAUAAUUUUAUGACGUAAAAAACCCACAACAAAUCCUCUUUAAUAAUUUAGAGACUACUGUAAAGACAAGGUCCCAAUUAUCAAUGUAUUCUCCCUUAGGCCUGUUCUUUGGCUCAGAGCAUUCGCGAUGAUGAAAGAGGUGGCAGAGCCCAGAUUGGCAUUGUAGACAAUGAGCAAGACUCUCCCGACCUGAUGCAGAUAAUGAACGCAGUCCUGGGGAGUAGAACAGGAGAACUUAAAGCAGCCACACCAGAUGAGAAGGCUGACGAACAGCAAAAGGCCAAUGUCAGACUUUACCAGUAAGUCAGCACGUCCUGCCCUCUACCAUGGCACAUCUUAACCUCUACCCUGCCACAUCCUGCCCUUUACCUUGGCACAUCUUACCCUCUACCCUGGCACAUCCUGCCCUCUACCUUGGCUCAUCGUAACCCCUACACAGGCACAUCCUGCCCCCUACCAUGGCACAUCUUUAGCCCUAAAUAGGCACAUCUUAACUUUUACCCUGGCACAUUCUGCCCUCUACAAUGGCACAUUUUGACCUCUCCCUUGGCACAUAUUAACCUCUAUGAUGGCACAUCCUGCCCUGUACCUUGGUACAUACUGCCCUCCAACCUUGCACUUCUUAACCACUACCCUGGCACAUCCUGCUCUCUACUCUGGCACAUCUUAACCUCUAUCCUGGCACAUCCUGUCCUCUAUUCUGGCACAUUUUAAACCUACACAGGCACAUCUUAACUCAUACACUGGCACAUCCUGCUCUUUACCCUGCUUAGAUUGUCACUAACUGAAUCAUUUCCCUAGUUGUAGUUGGAAGACACACUCCUAGGUUAUUUAAUUUUUAGAAUUAAUUGUUUUAUAUAAUUUUUUAUGUACAAAAAAAAAGAAAGAAGUUUGAUGAAACAUCUAUAAUGCCAUCAAACAAGUUCAUAAAAUAUAGUGUUGUCCCUAUUUUAAGAAUGCAAUAUAUAGUUUCUUGUAAUCAAUAACAAAAAAGGUUUGAAACAAAAAAUUGAAACAUGGGGCUGACAAAACAGGUUGGGGCCACUUUUGCCCUUGAGAUGUUUAUAUAGUUACUAGGGCUCUGCUUGACCAAAAACAAGGACUUCUCUUUGAACCUCUGCAACAAUCCUUAAUCACAUUUACAAAAAACUCCAAAAGAGCCACCAGCAUACUUUUUUCAAUUCCUCGGUCUUUCGUACAAGAGUACAACCCUGCAUCUCCAAAACUUUCCUCACUCAUCCCCUUAAACCCAUGCAUUCAUCUUCCACCCUUCCAUAAACCUAAUAAUACCCUCUUUUACAUUCUCUCAGAAAUAAACCCAAAUGGACAUGUCUGACUCUGUGCUUACUAUUUAUACUAUUUAGUAAUACUAUUUUGACCUAACAUGUUCUUUCAUUUGCUCACAGUGUUUUUGAAAAGGAUGGAGAUUUGGUGAUUCAGGAAAUAGCCACAAAGCCCCUUACACAGGACCUGUUACAACAUCAGGUGAGAAGGUUUCUCCAUCAGUGAUAUGAGGGAGAGGAGGACAAUGAGAAGGAACAAAGAUAGGACAAGGAGGUCCCAAGGACAUAUCCUCACCAUUAUCAUGUAGAAAAUGUAAUAGUGGUGGAUCUUAGAGGGUUGUUGGUUAGUAGACGUUUCAUAUUGUUCUGUUCACAUUAGCUGAAACAUCGCACAUUAUAUUUCUCUUGAUGAUAUUAAUGGGUGGCACUAGGGUUGGGCUCAGAGAAUAAAUAUUUUGGGCUACUCCACCCUGUUAGCUUUUUCGAAAACUAACAAUAAGCAAACACCUAAAAUAACAAACAACUUCAAAAUCGGACACACAUUCUGUAAACUAUAUAUAUAAUUUCAUUUCCUUAAAAUAAAUAUAUAAUAUGUUUAAACAUGAAGAAAGACCCAGUGUAAAAUUCAACAGUUCAACAAACACAAAAACAUUGGAAUGUGUUAGAAAGCACCCUGGGUAAAUGAAAUAUUAAGUUUGAUUUAAUAUAUAUAUAUAUAUAUAUAUAUAUAUAUAUGUCAAAAUGUAUCUAUCAUAAAUGAGUUUUGGUUUAUAUUUAAUGUCGUGUAACCCUUUUGUAACCAGUAUCUAAUCUACCCUUCUUCAGGAUUGCCAUAUUCUAGAUCAAGGUGGAGUAAAGAUAUUUGUCUGGAGAGGAAAGGCGUCUAGUCCGGAGGAGAAGAAGGCAGCCUUCAGCAGAGCAGUGGUAAAUAUUCUAACUGAAUCCAACACAAACGCCUGACCGCAAAAGCUCCUUCAAUAGCUCACAACACAAUGGUCAGAACUAGUCUUAGGGAAGCACAUACUAAAUGAGAAGAUAUAUACUACUAGGAUCCUUGCAACUUCAUUCAGGAAAACCAAGUUGACUAGGGCAGAGCUUAUAUCUUAGGUGCUUUAGGCAUAAAAACUUUUUAAAAUGGAAAUUUGAUAACAGAUGUCCUUUAACAAAAACAAACAAAAACCUAUAAGAUAAAGGCUCAGUAAUUUUUACAUCUUCUGUCUUAAGGGUUUCAUACAAGCCAAAGGAUAUCCAGCUACCACCAACGUGGAGGUAAUGAACGAUGGUGCUGAGUCCACUAUAUUCAAACAGCUUUUCCAGAACUGGAGAGAUGUUGGAGAAACACAGGGCAUUGGGAAAACAUACAACAUUGGUAAAAUUGGUGAGACACUUUCCUUUUUUUUUUAUUAGCUGUAAUAUGUGCUUUCUUAUCUGACCAUUCAUGGGGACAAUGGGUUUAUUCUGUUGGGUCAAGGUUGAGGCUUUAAUUUGACCAAGUUGUUCUUCGAGAUUUCCAAAAACGCAAAUGCACCUUUUUAAUGGUAGUUUUCGGCUAAAAUACAAUGCAUUUCCAACUGAUUCACAUAAAUACUCAACUAUGAAAGCAAUUCUUAACCUCCCACUCACAGGAUCGAACCUUUUUUUUGUUAGGGUGGAAACUUACGAUAAAUAAUGAAAAUCAACAGUUUUACUAAUUUGGUUGUAAAAUUUCCUACUGUGUACUGUAAAACCAAAUUAGUUCGUUUAGUUUUAGUUGUUAAGGUGCUUAGAAUGCCGUACCAAGGUUUUCUAUAUAUAAAUAAAAUAAUCAUAAAUGCAUUGAAAAUCACGAUGCCCUGGUAGUUCUGUCCGGGGAUCUUUGGCCGUUCUUCCGAAAUGUAUAAGUUUAGAUGUAGUGCAAGCAUUUUGGGGGGCACUAAAUUCCUACAAAUGUUUCUUUUCCAAAUGUUCCAUCCAAUUCAAAAGUGAAACACAGGAAAAUACUUCAUAUUCACCGUUUUGCCCCCCACAAAAAAAAAAAUCCCAAAAUGCAAAUUUUCACUUGUUUUUAUUUGAUUUGACAGACUUUCCACAGAAAGAUAAAAGUGUAGAUUUGGCAUAUUUUGCAACUAAAAUGUCUAAAAUAUUCCAAUAAAUGGCAGUUUCUGUAUUUUAUUGCUCAGAUCAGCCUUUUCCUGUAUGUCUGCAGGAUUUGUGCCGAGAGAAUAUGUGACCAUUUGUGCAAGUUUCACUUUUUGCUAUUAAAUACAUUGUUAACGCAUUUUAUUUAAUAUGUCACACCAUCACAAUUUUUUUUUUCUUUGCAAUGCCUUUUAAAACAGACUUUUAAUUCACUGUAUUUUUAUGGUAUCUCUGCUUGGGAUAUUAUUUUACAGCCAAAGUAGAACAAAAGAAGUUUGACGUCAAUGAACUCUACGCCCAUCCUGAGCUAGCGGCUGAGCAGAGGAUGGUAGAUGACGCCUCUGGGAAGGUUGAAGUGAGUAAACAAUAACCUGUUAUAGGCUCAGUAAAGUAACCUAAACUUUUAUAGCUUAUUUUAAAGACUUGCACAAAAAACGGUGUUAAUCUGACAAACAUACUACACCCCCAAACUGAUACAUAAAGUAUUUUAUGCAGGAAGUCCUCACAUGUCCUGAAUGAGAGUUGAGUUAGUCCUUGCCAUCACUGUUUCUGAGAUACAUUAUUAUUAUUAUUAUAUUUAUUAUUAUAUUUAUUUAGCGCCAACAAAUUCCGUAGCGCUGUACAAUGGGUGGACUAACAGACGCGUAAUUGUAACCAGACAAGUUUGACACACAGAAACAGAGGGGUUGAGGGCCCUGCUCAAUGAGCUUACAUGCUAGAGAGAGUGAGUGGGGUAUAGUGACACAAAGGGUAAUGGAAGUAUUAGGGAAGAUUGGUAGGACAAGUGUCAAAAAACAUAUCAGCUGUGUCUACAAAAAUAACAUGAGCUACAUUUUCUCCUGGUGCAAAAAAAAAUGUUGUAGUAAAUUGCUCAUAUAAAAGCUUGGGGAUAUUAGACAUAUGAGCAGUUUUUGAUGACCUUUCAGAAAAGUAAAAAUUAUUUGAUUAAUCAAUGUCCAUUUAAGUUAGCUGAAAAAUGUUAAAUGGAUAAAAAGUCAAGUAACGUGUGCUAAUCAUUUGAAUUAAUUGAAAAUAUAAGUCUAUUGUAAGUCACAUUUUAGAAUCCGUUGCAUGCCAUCUAACGUUAUUGGAGUUUUAGAUUUAGAUGAGAUUAAUCAUAAUCAAUAUGUUCCGUUUAUCUACUGGAUAGGUCUGGAGGAUUGAAAAUCUAGAAUUGAAAGAGGUCGAGCCUAAAACAUUUGGACGAUUCUAUGGAGGAGACUGUUACUUGGUGCUGUAUACAUACAUGAAGGCUGGGAAACCCAAUUACUUCCUUUACAUGUGGCUGGUAAGUCCUGUCACAUAAGCAACUUUUAUAUAUAUAUAUAUUUUAUAAAUGACCCUUGUUACAAAAAAGUUUUUAAAAAUGUAAUGAGCUUUUAUUUGGACUCCCAAGUCAUCCCGCUUCUUAGUUAUUGCAAGAUAUCAUUAUCCUUGGAAAGGUAGCUGUAUUGGUUGCAAAGCUGGUAGUAGAUUCAUUACCCUGAGCCUACUCUCAACUCUGGAACGUAGGAGGACUGGCCAUGAGGGCAGAGAGCCAUUGUCCCUAUCAGCCUACUAAAAUACAGGCUGCAGCCUCACCCCAUUCGUCUGCAGGUAGCAGAAGGUAUUUUGAGAGGCCAAAAAUACGAGUCCUCCUCUGUCUUAGAGAAGCUUAGAAUUGCAGAACAUGCUGCACACACAACUUGGACUGAGCUCUCUCCUUGCAGGGCAAUGACUCUGCUGAUUAUUGCAUAUAGCUGAAUUCAUUAAGGGGUUACUCCAAGCACCAUCACCACUUCAGUGAAUUGAAGUGGUCAUGGUGCUUGGAUUCUGUAUGUGCAAUGUUUCACAUUGCUGUCAGAGGUUUAACAAGUGUUCUGGGCUGCUAAUGUUACAACUGUUCAAUGUCAGUAAACAUAGUAUACUUAAGACGGACAACCUAUGUCAGCAUUCAUAGAGCUUUUGUUUGGAAUAACCUUUUAAACAGUGUACUGAGCUGUGUGUAAACUAAUAGCAGCUGUGGUGCUUCCACUCAUUCAUCCUAGAUAAUGGGUGGAACUGCCCUUGGGGUAUAUUGCUUAUUCCAUAAGCCGUCCUUCCAAACUAGGAAGGGAGUUUCUUGUGGCACAUACCUGAGAGCUCAGUAGUGAUGGUUGCUUUUGGUGGCUGGGGCCACCGGGAGCCGAAAAAGCAUAGUGGUCUGAAGAUGUGGGAUCCAGCCACCACAAUAUAAGUGCACAAAUCACCUUGGGAGAUAUUCACAAAAAACAGAGGACCCUACAAGUGACAGAGACGCUAACAAGAACAGUAUUCUCCACUUUUGUACACGCUCUCUGAAAUGUGUAAAGUUAGCAACUCAUUUAUCCAGUACCAUAUUGGCUAAUCAGUGGUAUUCUGAACAAGUCUCCAUGUGUUGCAGGGACGUCACGCAUCUCAAGAUGAAAUCACGGCGUGUGCCUUCCAUGCCGUAGAACUGGAUCGCAAGUACCAAGACCAGCCAGUCCAAAUCCGAGUGACCAUGGGGAAAGAACCUAAACAUUUCCAAGCCAUCUUCAAGGGAAAGAUGAUUAUAUACGAGGUAAUAUUUAUACAAUGCCCUCAUGACUGUGACUAUUACUGACAUAGUAUUACAGAAUGUUUACUGCAGGCCACUCGUUCAUGUCAUAUUAACUUCAUCUGUGGUGGCCCUGGUUAGUCAUCUUCUGUGGUGGCCCUGGUUAGUCAUCUUCUGUGGUGGCCCUGGUUAGUCAUCUUCUGUGGUGGCCCUGGUUAGUCAUCUUCUGUGGUGGCCCUGGUUAGUCAUCUUCUGUGGAGGCCCUGCUUAGUCAUCUUCUGUGGUGGCCCUGGUUAGUCAUCUUCUGUGGAGGCCCUGGUUAGUCAUCUUCUGUGGAGGCCCGGUUAGUCAUCUUCUGUGGAGGCCCUGGUUAGUCAUCUUCUGUGGUGGCCCUGGUUAGUCAUCUUCUGUGGAGACCCUGGUUAUUCAUAUUCUGUAAUUCCCCCAUCCAUCCAAGUACUCAGAACCUUAUUCUGUCUUUAUAAUCCCUCUUUGGGUAAGUCUUUCAAUUUAAAUCAUUCUGUUUCAAACUUCCCACAUUAUCUUCCUAAGUGUCCCAAUUCUAAGUCUUACCUAAAUGAUAUACAAACCAAAAUAGACAUUAACAUGAGACAAGAGAUAUUGUGUUUGUAUUUAUCAGUGCUGCGUAACAUAAGAUUUCUUAGAAAGGUUAAAUAAGAAUUUUAGAUAUAAAUGUCAUGAAAUAAAAGACAAGUCGGGUUGUUUCCUCACAUCCUAAAUUUUUUGUUCUCCCCAUAACCAGUUAAAAUGUUUCACGUCAAAUUCUACAACCACUAAGAUAUAAUAGACAAACCCGCUUACCAGGGAAAGUAACGAAAACACCAACGAAACAAAACACCAACAACAAUCAAGGCAACUAACACAUUGUAAUGAUGUACCCUAAUAGACAUUUAGAACAAGAAGGUUUUUUUUAAAUUUUUCUUUCAUUAGCUCUCAUUAUUAAAUAUUUCCAAAUCUUCCUUUUAUUUUUCCUUAUCAAUAUACCUAAAUUACAGUGAUUAAAUCAUAUAUGUAACUGCUCCCAACCAUGCAUAGAUUAACUAUCAUUUGAUAAUGAAGAAUAAUAUGUGAUCUAUUUUCUUUAAAAAACUUGAAUAGUCCAUAAAAAGAUGUUUUAAACUUUCACUUCUCUCCGUAUUAACAAUUGUCAAAACAAUAGUCGUUGCAGUUUUUGAGGUGCUAUAUAAUGUUGCAAAUACAACACGAUUUCUUAGGUGAUAAACUGAUCAAAGUGUUAUGUUUAUUCUUUGAAUGAAUUAGGGAGGAACUAGUCGAACUGAGAAGACUGAGCCGGAACCACCAAUUCGAUUAUUCCAAGUCAGAGGAACGGAUGAAUUUAACACCAAGGCCACGGAAGUUCCAGCUAGAGCAGCGUCCCUUAACUCCAAUGAUGUCUUUGUCUUAAAAACGGAUUUAGUUUGCUAUUUAUGGUGUGGAAAGGUAAUAAAACUGUUUGAUCUAUUAACAGCCCAAUGUGCAUCUUUUAAGCAACUCACAAGGUCAUACAUUCAUGGCAAUGUUUUUUGAGAAAAAUUUAGACAAUUGAAAAAAUGACUGCAAGCUCAGUUGGGCAUAGCCAUCCAUUGAGGAGCCAUGGCACAAUAUAAAAGGACAGAGACUGGAUGAGGUUUAAGGAAUGCGAGAGGCAGAAUGGAGAAAAGAUGCAAAGAGCAGAGUCAAGGAGAUAUACCAACAGAUUGGAGAAAAACUGAGAGAACUGGGAAGUCAUAGAGUCAGAGAGACAGUCCAAUAUUACAAUUAAAGAGGGUCCAUUGGAGGAAAGAUGAUGAAUGGCUAGAUAGUCCGUUUAGACUAAGGAGGAUAGAAGAAAGAUGGGAAUGAACGAGAUAUACAGUCAGGCUACAGACACAAGGACAGUAGAGGGAAUCUUUGAGGAACGUUAUGUACACCAAGGCUGCAGUCGUGUCCUGAUAUUUAUUUAUUUUUUUUGCUUUUGGCCUGUUGCCUUAUACCUUAUUAUUUAACUCCCUGUACACUGAGAUCUCUGUGCUAGUUGUGAUUUUAUUUCAGUGAAAAUCGCUAACAAUAUUUUUUAACAAUUGUUAAUGAUCAAUAGGGCUGCAGCGGAGAUGAACGAGAGAUGGCGAAGAAUGUGGCAGAUGUUAUCUCCAAACAGGACAAACAAACCGUUCUGGAGGGUCAGGAACCGGCUGAAUUCUGGGUGGCCCUCGGAGGGAAAGUUCCUUAUUCCAGCGACAAAAGGUUAAGAAAUACAGUGUCAUUUACCCAAAAUUUAGUCAGAGCAUCUGAUCACUAAAGAUGAAAGAGUAAAGUAAAAUACUAUUUCUGUGUUGGAAAGCCAGAAAUAAAUGUAACUCUGUAUCUGCAUUAACACCCUUGGAGUGGUUUAUACUGCGCAUGUAUAAAUGCAGAUUAGUUUAGACAUUUUCAAAUAUAUGAAUACUGUGAAAGAAGUAAAAUAUAUAGAAAUGCAAUGACAUAAAUAUGUGAUGUUGAUCGAACUGUUAUUAUUUAUAUUUUAGCUUUAUCUUCAUAUUGAUUACUGGUUAUCUUUUCCCUGAAUUCUCUGUGUUUCAUCUUCUCCUCCUUCGUAAUAUAUGCAGACAGACAUAUCGAUAUUCAUUAAAGGGGUAACACGGCCGGUGGGAGAUAAAACAUUUCCCUCAUAGCCAGCCCAUUCCCAUGUUGAGGGAGCUGGCCGCUGUAGCAGUGUGUGCAGUGGCCAGCCAGUGCCAUAAAAACUACAGACCUGCUUAUUCUCCUUCCCUGUGGACUGCUGAAUCACUGUACAAAUUGCUGAAAUAACCCCAGUGUGACCUUCUACUCCUCACAUGUAUGGGGGGCAGAGGGGGCCUAGCCCAGUGGUUAGUCACCCGUGUCCACCAAGGUCAGUGUGAGUGUGUCUGCAUGGGUUAGUGUGUGCGUGUCUGCAUGGUACACUAUGUGCGUGUCUGCAUGGGUCAGUGUGAGUGUCUGCAUAGACUAAUGUGAGUGUGUCUCCAUGGGUCAGUGUGAGUGUAUGCAUGGGUCAGUGUGAGUGUGUCUGCAUAUGAGUAGAAAAUAAUAUGAGCUACAUUUUCUCCUGGUGCAAAAAAAAUGUCCAGUGUGUGCGUGUCUGCAUAGGUCAGUGUGAGUGUGUCUGCAUGGGUCAGUGUGAGUGUCUGCAUGGGUCAGUGUGAGUGUGUCUGCAUGGGUCAGUGUGAGUGUGUCUGCAUGGUCAGUGUGAGUGUGUCUGCAUGGUCAGUGUGAGUGUCUGCAUGGGUCAGUGUGAGUGUGUCUGCAUGGGUCAGUGUGAGUGUGUAUGCAUGGUCAGUGUGAGUGUGUAUGCAUGGUCAGUGUGAGUGUGUAUGCAUGGUCAGUGUGAGUGUGUCUGCAUGGGUCAGUGUGAGUGUGUCUGCAUGGUCAGUGUGAGUGUCUGCAUGGGUCAGUGUGAGUGUGUCUGCAUGGGUCAGUGUGUAUGUGUGUAAUUGUGCGUAGGUCUUCACAAAGGCUAACGUCUUACAAAAAUGAAUACUUUUACAUUUUGGGAGAGUAUAAUGCAUAUGUAUAUAUGUACGUAUAAAUAUUAGCAUAUGUGUAUUGUUUUAAUAUGUGAUACAUGCUGUAUAUAUAUACCUGUAUAUAUCAAGCUGAGUAUAAAAUUACUAUAACACACAUGCUUUAAUAAACAUGUAUAAAUGAAGGGACUGCGGGUGUGUAUUGAGGAAACUGGCCUUGUGGCAGCAAAGAGAGUAACUCCCGCCCUGUAGAUAAUUAGACAGAUGGGUCAGUGUGAGUGUGUCUGCAUGGGUCAGUGUGUAUGUGUGUAAUUGUGCGUAGGUCUUCACAAAGGCUAACGUCUUACAAAAAUGAAUACUUUUACAUUUUGGGAGAGUAUAAUGCAUAUGUAUAUAUGUACGUAUAAAUAUUAGCAUAUGUGUAUUGUUUUAAUAUGUGAUACAUGCUCUAUAUAUAUACCUGUAUAUAUCAAGCUGAGUAUAAAAUUACUAUAACACACAUGCUUUAAUAAACAUGUAUAAAUGAAGGGACUGCGGGUGUGUAUUGAGGAAACUGGCCUUGUGGCAGCAAAGAGAGUAACUCCCACCCUGUAGAUAAUUAGACAGAUACUUGAAAAGGAAAGAUAGAUGUUUCUAUACAAUUUGAUACAUUUCUUUAUCAAUGAUUUUCCUUGUGUUAGUUUUUCAUGUUCCUUCUCUUAUCUCUUAUUAGUCAUUCAAUCAAUUCAUCAAAUUCUGUAGAAAUAGGACAGCUGUGAUUUAAUUACACCAUAGUAUGUCUUAGCCUGAUUUAAGCACCUGUAUGAUUUCUAUGACCAUUUACAUCCCAAUUUACUAUUAAACGGUGCAAGAACUCAUUAGCUAAAAUGCAUGCCACGUAGCACUAGUCUUGGAGAACUUACUAAAACAGUGCCCCUCCAGUUGACAAACGUACAAAUGACAGCUCUGUUUCUAAAAUCUGGUACCAGACAAUUCUGAAUUAUACACAAAAUGAAUUAUAUAUUUUACUUCUGGCAAUCUGGAGGUUUAGCACUAAAACCAUGAUCAAAUUCGAAGAAGACAUUUCUAAUUUACCGAAAUAGUUCUGUUUCAUCAAUAGAUAUAAUUUGAUGAGUUAGUUGACCUUCUUCUAUCAUAUUAAUUGUUUUGUUUGUGUGUUUGUUUUGUUUUUAUUUCAGAUUCGAGGAAAGUGUUGUGCGCUACAAACCACGACUCUUUGAGUGCUCCAAUCAGACUGGUCGCUUCAUCAUGACAGAAGUAGUCGAUUUCGCUCAAAGUGACCUUGAUGAGGAUGAUGUAAUGUUACUGGACACUUGGGAAGAGGUCAGUGCGUAAUGAUGCCCCCCAACUCCCCUUCACCGAUUACAACUCAAAGAUAUGAAGAAAAUGGGCAGCUUGUUUCCAAAUUAAAUAAAUAUUUUUUUAUUGAUUAAGACCAGGAGACAACCCAAAUGAUAGGUCCUCCUAUCACCUGAAGGAAGACAAAAUCUCCUUGGGCAUUGAGUCACAGUCAAACCCUUAGUCAACCCUUAGUCAACCAGAAAGUUGUAGUAUAAUAAAUGUCUGCUAUACUAUAGACUCUACAGCUUUUUGGACCUUUAGGAUAUGUAUUGGGUAUCAGCCGAGCACCUCUGCCAGAAACUAUUAUGUAGUCAUGAAACUGAAUAAUACGGACUCCUAGACAAUACUUUCACAUUUAAUGUAAAUUAGAUUAUUGUGAUCUUGUUUUUCAAUACACCUUAUCCAGAAUCACAUAAGGGAUUCAAGGAAGCUUAGCACACUUCAUGGAUAGAUUAUCUAGGUGUACGUUACUUGGUGUGGGCGUUGAUGUAGGCUUAUCACAGAGAUAGCUAGAUGGGUACAAAGACUUCUGGAAAACCAGAGGGGAUAUCUAUUGAAUUACAGGUGACAUGUUAAGUGUAAGCAAUCCAUUUGCACAUAGACAGUAGACCCAGAGGUAGAAGAUCCGCUUAACACAUUAAAUCACAUUUUCAUACACAAACAGGUAUGAAUCCGGCAAACAGAGGCUUUCAUGCAGCAAAUAAAAAUUUGAAUAGUAACAUUUAGGCCAAAAUACUUGAUCAGAAAAAAAUUUCUCCAACAGAUAUAUAAUCACAGUUUAUCUAUCUUAUUCAAAAAUUUGCCAUUUUGGCUCUUGUGAAUAAUCCCGAGACUGUGGUUUGACCCCAAGACUGUGUGUGCAAUCGACUCAAAAAUGACAACAGAAUAUAAAACCAAAAUACCCUGGGGGCCUUGUGUAUAGUCUAUAGCUACCUCAGAAUAGUCAUCUUGACACUGAAUUCCAAAAUUGCUGCUUUAAUUCUUGACCUAAGCUUGGUGGGACUUUGGGGGGCUAGGAACAUGCCCUAACCUGUAACUCAAAACAAUAGGAACAAGUACCAUAGAACAUACAGGAAAUAUUUCUGCCCCGUAGUAUUUCUAAAUACAUGUUAUUCUCAUCCUAUUCCAGUAUUCAAGGUGUAGGGAGCAAAGAUAUGUCCACCUUUGUACAUAGGAUAAACCACUCAGUCAGUGGAGGAACACAUGAAAGCUUUUGACAUGGCUAUUUAUGAGUGAUAUCUCAAAGAUGAGUGAAUUAUUCUAUCUAUUAAUAAUGUCUCUUAUGUUAUAAUAACCGGUUAUCUGACAGAUCAUAUCUAAUUCUGUUGUUUCAGCUCUUCUUGUGGAUCGGUAGAUCAGCCAAUGACUAUGAAAAGCAAGAGUCACUCACCUCUGCAAAGGAGUAUUUGAAAUCCCACCCAGCUGGCAGGGACCAAGCUACCCCCAUUGUAACUGUGAAACAGGGGCAUGAGCCCCCCACCUUCACUGGCUGGUUCAAUGCCUGGGACUCUCACAAAUGGAGUGUAAGCAAAGAUUAUAAGGCAAUACGUGUAACGGAUACAUUUGUUAUAUCAGUGCUAUAUUUAUUAUGUUUGUUAGCUGUACACACUAAACUAUUAAAUAUUAUUAACUUAUUAAAAGUGUAAAUGACAAGUUUUGUCACAUUGAAUAUGAAAAAACAUCUUGUCUUUUCGAACAUAUUACAUGUUGAAUGUAUUACUUUUUAAAUAAAUAUAAAGGGCAGCAAAACAGAAGUGGCAAAGGGUACAGCUAUGUGCGUCUGAUGUAGGUUUAUUACCUGUUAAACUUUCCAUUUGAUCCCAGUGUAGUCAUCUCCAAGGUCAAUAAAAUGAGUGCCAUUGAGUUGGGUAAUAAUAUCAUCUAUACCCCAGGACAUACUUUAGCAAAAGCUAAAUGCAUUACUGAGCUCCUUAACACUGCCACGGCCGCCCUUUCUUACUCGAGAUGCUGCUAAGGGGCUUGUCCAUGCUCUAGUAAUCUCUGGCAUUGAUUAUGGUAACUCUCCCUAGAAACCUUAUUGCCCCACUGCAGAAUGUUAAAAAUGCUGCCACCAGACUGACUUAUCUCUCCUGUCGCUCCUCUCACACCUACCCUCACUGCCAAUCAUUACAUUGGGUCUCUGUAACAUUCAAUUCAAUGUCUAACCUACAAAGCAGUCAACAACUCUACCCAUGCUACAUUUCUUUUCAAAUUCAUAGAUACACCCCCGCUACGCCACUCCCCUGCUGGUUACCUUCUCCUGUCUGUUGAUCUUCUCAUACUGCUAACAGGACUUUCUCCUUGUGCUUACGGGACUUUCUCCUGGAAGCUACAUUGCUAUGGCCUUAACAGCCUGCCUCCACCUAUCAGACUAUCGAAUUGUUUUCAAUCCUUUCAGAAGUCCCUUAAAACAUGCCUCUUUAGAAAAGCCUAUGGCCUUCUAGGGUAACUGUCAUUACUCUCUCAAAUUAAUUAGUGGGUCCAUUUUCCACGUCACUCUGACCUUCCACAUCUUUCACUGUCCCACCCCGAGUUUACUAUCCCCCGUGUUGCCCUUCCUAUUAAGUUUUUCUACCUCACCAUCUCUAGACUGUAAAGUUCUUUCAGCAGGGUCAUCGUCAACAUUGUCACAAUUUGUAACAGUUUGUCUCAUUUGUUGUUAAAUACCCCCCUUUUAUUUUAAAGCUCUGUGGAAUAAGUUAGCGUUUUAAAAAUGCCAAUAAUAUUAAUAAUGAUAGUUUCACAAAUUUGACAAAAUUCUCUAUUUCGUCCUAGUCUGACUUGUCGUAUGAGGACAUGAAGAAGAAUCUGGGAGAUGUCUCUGCUAUUUCACAGAUAAAUGUGGUGAGUUUAUAUGGGGUGAACGGUUGGAUGUCUGAUAUACUAAUCACAUAGCUUCCUUUUGUUCUUGAAGAUAUAGACUAAAUGCAGAAACCUACUUAGAGAAAAUGGUGUCUCUUACACUUUGUUUUGUUGUUUAUUUUCCAUGUUUUACUUAUAGAACCUGUUCUUAUCUAUUAACCACAGAAAAUUAGAUGUUAUACCAUAACCACUACAAUACGCUCUACAAUAAUGUGUUCAUGGUGUAUAAUAAUGUAUUAUCAUACACCAUGAACACAUUAAAACAAUGACUUUUUUUCAGACUAGAUGAUUUAUUUCAAUGCCAGAGUCUGGUCUGGCAACAAACUUGGGUCUUUUCAUUAUGACAUUUAAGCCAUAUAUCAAUAGUCAGAUACAGUAAAAACGUAUCUAAACUACUCUGCAACCAUUGUGUGGAUCCAUUCAGUCUGCGGCCAAGGACCAGUGGCGUGAACGGUAUAAAAUGACACUCCCAGCUUAUUGUAGAACGCAAUGUAUUCAUUUUUGUCCAUAAUAAACCAAAGCCUCUUUCUCCAGGAUUUACAAAACACAAACCUGAACAAAUCCAGCACCCCCGCAGCGCCCCAGAAUUACAGAAAUGCCACACCACCCCCCCCUAUGGGGACCACUAAUGGGAACCAGCAAUACAGCAACGGUAAUCUUGCACAGACCAAUGGCAGUGUACCACAGAACCAGUACACAGAGCCAGCGCCAACACCAGCUCCAGCGCCAGCAAACAAUGGUGAACAAUGGUUUGACAAAACCCUGCUGCUUAACAAGACCACUGAAGAACUUCCUGAUGGAGUGGACCCCUCUAAAAAGGAGGUAAGAUGCUCAGGGGGAGUUAAAGGGCAGGUCAAAGGGCAAAGUGUAUAUAACGAUACCAAAAUUAGCAUCAAUAAAUAUGGGUAUAUUCAUGUACCAAAUAAGCUUUGAUAACAGCGGGUAUUUUUGUGCCUAUUUAGCAUCAAUAGCAUUGGGUACUAAUGCCCCUUUCUAUUCCUUUGCUAUGGUAGUUCUACUUAUCUGAUGAAGAUUUUGCCAAGAUUAUGGGAAUGCCAAAAGCCAAUUUUUACCAACUGCCCAAAUGGAAGCAGCAGAACAUGAAGAAGCAACAUGGCCUCUUUUAAAGAAAUACUCACUGAGGCCGGCUCCCGGUUUGUUUGUUUUUUGCUUUACUCUCCAAACUAUCUUUCCUGCGAAAGGAAAAUCAAACAUGAACUGACUGACAACACGUAACAUUUUUAACCAACAACGAGAGCUAUGUAGUAAGGACAUGGUAAAAAAAAACUGGGACCUGCAUAGAACGUUCUUCAUUCUUUAUGGGUUAAUAUGCUGACAUAUAUUUUAUAAAAAUUCCCCUUUGCAUGUUUAGUUUAUGUCUAAAUGUCGAUGCUGGGUGGGCUGUGCAGGGCUCCCAUGGAAAAAGUAGGGGGCAAAAGGAACACAACAAGUGCGAUAAGAACUGCUGAUUAUUAUAGAGCUUAUUUUAGUAGUUAUGGUGCAAAGAGGCAGUCCCUCUGGGUUUGAUACAUACUGGAUGAUUUCCCAGUGGUCAAAGUUACUCCUUCAGCUUGGGACAUUAGAACAAAUUCAAUUCACCCGGUCAUUAUUGGCACAUAAUAUAUUUUCCAUUAUGCGUGAUUUGGCCAUGCCGAAUUCCAUCUAUCUCUUUAGGACCCAGACUUCCCUGGGACACAACUGGGAAUUUUUAUUCUGUCAGUUUAUAUGUUAAAACCAUGAGCUAACUAUAGAUAGCACCACAGUGCUAUAAAUCCUUAUUAAACAUAAAGGCUCUCAUAUUGUUUAGUAUUGUUUUACAUACAUUUAUUUAUGCAAUAUCACAUCCCUCACGCUCCUGCAGAGCAAUAUGAAGUGCUCAAUAUGGAUUCAUAGCAGACAGUGAGGGACUUUACAAUCAUGUUACGAGUUAACACCUGGGGGUUUCUGCAGCAGUUCUACAAUCGAGCAGGGAAUGUUUCACUUAAACUCAAAUCAUUCCAUUGAAAUAAUCCCUAGUGUAACAUUUGCGGAUAUAAAACUUGUGCUAUUUGCCAAUAUUAGAAGCUAUACAAAGAGUUUGCCAAAUUUUCUUAAUGCCGUGGGAUCCCGUGGAAAUUUCUUAACACAUUCUGUGUACUUUGUUUUGUCGAACUUUCACAAUCACACAAUUAAAGUAAAUAGAUAUUCUGAUGAGUAUAGGGGUAUGACAUUGUCCCACAGUGCCAUCUAUCUGGGGUAAAUACGAUCCCUUUCUAUAUUAAUAAGAGUGUGUGAUUCAAUAAAGACUAUACUGGUACACAUUG